UACACAUUGAAUGGACAUUAUAUAAGUGAUCACUAUCAAUGCAUUAUUGCUAUGUUUAGUAUUUAGUUACUUGUAACAGAUUAUAAGAUCUAUUUGUGUCCUGCACUUUAGACCCCAAGCUCGAACUCCAGGAUGAGUGUGGAGGCGACAGGAAAGCCCCUCAAAGUGGGCUCCAGAGUGGAGGUGAUCGGGAAGGGACAUCGAGGGACAGUGGCUUAUGUAGGGUCUACCCUAUUUGCCACAGGAAAAUGGGUGGGGGUCAUUCUCGAUGAGUCCAAGGGAAAGAAUGAUGGCACGGUUCAGGGCAAGAGAUACUUCAACUGCGAAGAGAAUCAUGGGAUAUUUGUCCGACAGUCACAGGUAAUAAGAUAUCCAGUGCUCUAAUCUUUUACAAGGCAUUGUUUAUUGUGCCCCCGAUGCUUAAAAGGAAAGUCAAGUUGAAAUCAAUGUAAUUUAUGUUUAUAAAAACACUACAGUGCACUGUAGUGGUUAUGGUGCCAUGAUUUUAAACUGGGAUCCUCUUGGUGCCGCUCACUGCCCUUUCCCUAUCAGUCUUAUGAGCUUUUGUUGGCUCUCCUGAGCUAAGCCAAUGAGUCAAGCUUUGCACCGCCAGACUUAAAGGGACACUAUAGGCACUAAAGCAACUUGAGCUCCUUGAAGCAGUUUUAGUGUAUAGAUCAUGCCCCUCCAGUCUCACUGUUUCAUUAUCUGCCAUUUAGGAAUUAAAUCCCUUUGUUUAUAGGCACGCCUCCCUAAAUUGUGAUCUACACAACCUUCCUAAACUCUUCCUGUAAAGCGAGCUCUAAUGUUAAAGGACCACUAUAGGCACCCAGACCACUUCAGCUUAAUGAAGUGGUCUGGGUGCCAGGUCCAGCUAGGGUUAACCCUUUUUCCUAUAAACAUAGCAGUUUCAGAGAACCUGCUAUGUUUAUAUUAGGGUUAAUCCAGCCUCUGGUUGCUGUCUCAUUGACAGCCGCUAGAGGCGCUUCCGCGCUUCUCACUGUGAAAAUGACAGUGAGAAGACGCCAGCGUCCAUAGGAAAGCAUUGAUAAUGCUUUCCUAUGGACUGGCUGAAGGCGCGCGCAGCUCUUGCCGCGCAUUCAGCCGAGGAGGAGGAGAGUUCCCCGCCCGGCGCUGGAGAAAGAGGUAAGUUUAACCCUUCCUCAACACAGAGCCCGGCAGGAGGGGGACCCUGAGGGUGGGGGCACCCUCAGGGCACUAUAGUGCCAGGAAAAAGAGUAUGUUUUCCUGGCACUAUAGUGGUCCUUUAACACCUUAAGGAUGUGUGACAUGUCAUGAGUCCCUUUUAUUCCAGAAGUUUGGUCCUUAAGGGGUUAAACUUCCUAUAUUGUACUUUCUCUUUAAUUUAGAAUUUCUUAUCUUGUUUGAUCUAAUAGUCUUCUAGACACUGCAUGAGCCUCCUAUGUGUGAUUAAAGUUCAAUUUACAGAACUGGAGAUCAAAGCUUCCAAGCAAGUUAACAAGCCAGGAGCUGUGUGGCUAGACACAAAAGUGAUUUAAUUCCUAAAUAGCAGAGAAUUAAGCAGUGAGACUGCAGGGACAUGAACUAUGCAUUCAAACUGUUUAAAUAAAAUAACACCAUAGGGUCAGGAACACAAGUGUGUAUUUCUGACCCUAUAGUGUUAAAAACACUAUGUAAACACCCUAAAUGUAGUACACAAUUCUCUUUUUUUCCAGUCUGCUGUUUUUCUUGCUCUGCCCCUGAUCUGCCUCCUUGACUGACAUCAUCAGGAGUGAUGAUCUCCGCUAAUCACAAUGCUUUCCCACAGGUGUGGCGGGACCACUGCCUGUCCUUGAAUUGCCUUUCUGAUAUUGUGUGUGUUUCUCCGUCUCUUCGUAUAUUGUGCCCGCUCCCUGUUUGGGAGUGCCUCCACGAAAGGAAUUAAUUCGCCUUCUGAAUGGGGACCAGCCCAAUACCUAUUUUAGAAUGUUAGUUUAGAACCUUCACACCUCGCAAGGGAAACAAUUAAUGAGCGCUCCUCGAACGCCAGCAAGGGGGAGCGUUCGUGGAUUUUUUUCCCGAAUGAGGACCUCUCCCGUGACCCAUUAGAACGUUCACACCAAUUAAUCAGAAUGUUCUCACUUGCCACUUAAGUGUGAAACCGCAAGGGAAGUAAUUAAUGAAUGCUCCCCUUAGUGACCGCCAUUUCGUAAAGACGAAUGCUGUCCAGAGGGAGCAUUCGUGUCCUGUAAGGAGACACUUUCCUUGCAGGAUUUCACACAGGGACUUUGCAAGUUGAGACCGAUCGAUGGAGGUACCGCUAUGAGGGUCCCUGAGAUUGAUGUGGGCACUGCUGGGGCACUGGCGAGUUGGGCAGACUUUUCGGUGCAUGCAGAGACAAAGAGAUCAGCUCUUUUUUCCGCGGGUGGGCUUUCUGUGCCUAGACUCAGAGGCUCCUGGGAAGAAAACCCCCUGGCGGCGGGUGUGGGAAACCCUAUACUAGUGGCGGGAGUUGGGAACAGAGUCUUUUCCCCUCGCUGGGUAUCCAGGGAGAGGGAGGAUCCUGGGAGGGGACACUGGAUGUUGGUAUGAUACACCCUUUGCAUGGAGUAUGUUUAAACCUGUGUGUGGCCAAUAAAGUGGUUGUUGUACCUCCAGGACUGUGUGUAGUCCAGUCACUGGGGGAAGAUGGGUCUCUCUGUGUUUUCAAAUGGUUCAUGGUCGGCUGAAGGAAGGGAAUCAGCGGAGGUUACCAGUCGGGUUUCCCAUUGUCUGCAACAAUAAGAAAGCAUUGGAUUGGCCGAGAUUGUCAGUUCUUCUCAGCCUAAGAGAUAGGGGCGGAGCAAAACACCACCCUUGCCGAUCAGCAUCUCCUCAUAGAGAUACAUUGAAGCAGACACUACAGUGUAGAAAAAAAAACAGAUUUGAUGAUUUGGUAGGACUAAUAAAAGAGAACUUGCUUUCUAGAAAUCAUGUGAAGGGAAAUUUCCCCUUGAGGUAGGUAUAUCUCUAGACUAGGGGUUCCAAAUGAAUUUUUCCCGUGGAACCCUUUGACAUAGUGUACCAAAAAUAGAAAAAAGGGGCCCUUUUUUUUGUAUGUGCUGGUGUGUAUCUGUGUGUAUAUCUGACACACAGAUACACACACACACAGUGGCAUACAGAUACACACACACAGACACACACCUUGACAAACAGUGUAUUUGUGUAUGUAUGUAUGAAUCUGUGUGUAAAGGUGUGUGUAUCUGUGUUUUUAUGUGCCAGUGUGUGUGAAUCUAAUACACACACACUGGCAGAUAGUGGCACACAGAUAUACACACCUUAACACAGUGUGUAUCUGUGUGUCAAGGUGUGUGCUCUGUGUUUCAAAGUGCGUGUAUCUUUGUUUGUAUGUGCCAGUGUGUGUGAAUCUCACACACACACACACACACUCACUGGCACAUAGUGGCACACAGAUACACACACUCAGAUACACACUGACACACACAUCUUGACUCACAAAUACAGACACACUCAGAUACACACAGUGACAUAUACACACACUUGCACUCACAGAUACACACUGGCACAUACACACACUGUCACACUCAGAUACACACACACACACACUGACAUACUUAGAUACACACAGUGACACAUACACAAACCUUGACACACAGAUACACACACGGACACCCAUUUAGACACACGUACUUUUUGACAGACACACAAACACUCACUGACAAACACACAUACUCUUUGACAGACACACAUACUCUUUGACAGGCACACAUAAAAACACAUAUACACUCUUACUGACAAGAACAGAUACAUUUUCACUGACCAACACAUACACUCUUACACGCUCACUGACAAGCACACAUCCACUCUCACUGACACACACAUAUACAGUUGCAAGAAAAAGUAUGUGAACCCUUUGGAAUGAUAUGGAUUUCUGCACAAAUUGAUCAUAAAAUGUGAUCUGAUCAUCAUCUAAGUCACAACAAUAGACCAUCACAGUCUGCUUAAACUAAUAACACACAAAUAAUUAAAUGUUGCCAUGUUUUUAUUGAACACACCAUGUAAACAUUCACAGUGCAGGUGGAAGGGAAAUAUUGCUGAAAAGAGAAAAUGUGUUAAAUGUUGCUUUGAAAACAGCCACGCCACUUUAAAACCAUUACCCCAAUAUUUCUAUUUCUCCCCUAAUUUGCAUUGUUUGCUUGCCCUUGCCUAAACUGGAUUAUGAUGUCAGUUGUUAAAUCUUUAAUAUAAAUUAAAAAAAGAAAAUGGAGGAUCUCAUAAAAUAAAUAUGAAGCUUGGAUUUCCUAUGGGAAAGCAUUGCAUUGGCUGAUAUAGGCAAGCUUGAUUAUCUGAACCAUGGAGGCAGAGCCACAGUGAGACUGGCAUGGCAGGGGAAAAAGGGAGUAAAAUCACCUUUGCCAUGCGAUCGGAGGGGGGGCGGUCACCUAAACACACCCUCACUCACACACAGACGCGCUCACUGACGGGCACGAGCACUCAAUGACAAUAUCACACACUGAUACCCACACACACUCAUUUUCUCACACCAACUUAGAAAUUGUAUAUUUUUAAAUUAAAUCCACCCAGCCUCCCUACUUUUUGGAGAGCUGAAGAGCAUUGACUUUUCCUGGGGUCCAGUGAGGAGGCUGUCAUCUUCCUGCUCUGCUCCCUUUCGCGUCGUUUAGUGAUAACUCUGCCAGAGAGACAUCAUAUUCUGGUUCCAUCACUACAGGGAGUGUGAGGGAGCAGGGCUGAACAACUAUAGCUCUGCGUCAGCCAGUCAGCUGCAUUGUCCCUGGGCUGAACAAAUCCCAGGCACCAUGACAAAUGUACACUGAUCAGCUACAGCAUUAAAACCACUGACAUGUGAAGUAAAUAACAAUUAUAUAAUCACAAUGGCACCUAGCAAGGGGUUGGCUACAUUAGGCAGCAAGUGAACAGUCUGUUCUUAAUAUUCAUGUGUUGGAAGCAGGAAAAAUGGACAAGCGUUGAGAUCUGAGUGACUUUAGACAAGGGCCGAAUAGUGAUGGCUAGACUACUGGGUCAGAGCAUCUCCAAAACGGCAAGUCUUGUGGAUUUUUAUUAGUAUGUAGUUAUGUAGUGGUUAAUACCUAACAAUAAUGGUGCAAGGAAGGACAACUAGUGAACCAGCAUCGGGGUCACUGGAGCCCAAGGCUCAUUUAGGCACAUGGGGAGUGAAGGCUAGCCUGUCUCGUCGAUCACACAGAAGAGCUACUGUAGCUGAAAUUGAUGGAAAAAGGUAAUGCUGGCCAUGAUAGAAAGGUACAAAUCACACUGCACACCAUAUACAAUAUACCAUAUAAAAUAUCUCUUUAUUUCAUUAACGUGAGUAAAAGGUAAUAACACAACACUGGAAUGUGUAAAGACUAAUAUAUGAUAGUAACACAGCACUAAAAAUGUAUAGCUGGCAGUAUAUAACACUAUUACAAGGAAGGACUGACAAUACAUCUGCAUAUAAUACGUUAGAGUAAUGACCGGAUCCACUGAGCCAAGACCCAUUGUUUGAAAAAGGCUCUAUAGCCAAAACUUUGACACGUACCCCCUAACUAGAGAUUGUUGCAGACCACAAACACACCUUCAUGGCUUUGGUGUUCCAUGAUGGGAGUGGCCUCUUCCAGCAGGAUAAUGCACCCUGCCACCCUGAUUGUUAAAGGACCACUAUAGUGCCAGGAAAACAAACUUGUUUUCCUCGCACUAUAGGGUCUUUAGGUCCCCCCCACUCCCGCCGGGCUGAAGGGGUUAAACUCUUACCUUUCUCCUCCCUCUUCCGACGUCAGCGCCGAAAGCGCAUGCACGGCAAGAGCUGCGCAAGCAUUCAAUCAGUCCGUAGGAAAGCAUUUCUCAAUGCUUUCCUAUGGACGUCAGCGUCGACGCACAGUGAUUUUCACAGUGAGACGCGCGGAAGCGCCUCUAGCGGCUGUCAAUGAGACAGCCACUAGAGGCUGGAUUAACCCUAGUGUAAACAUAGCAGUUUCUCUGAAACUGCUUUGUUUACAGCUGCAGGGUUAACCCUAGAUGGACCUGGCACCCAGACCACUUCAUUGAGCUGGGUGCCUAUAGUGGUCCUUUAAGUGAUAGGUUAUCAUAUAUUGGCUGUGUUGUAGCCACCCAGCCUUAGCUAAGUCAUCUUUAUAUGCAUCUGAACAGAGCUUGGGACACACUAAGCACCAUUAAAGACCAUUGUGGUGGUUAUUUUAAAGCAUUUAAAGAAAAUGAAAAGGGGAAAAAAAGAAACUUGCUGGCACAUAGAACAUUGUCUUUGUUAUUAGCCAUUUGGAUAAUGCAGAAGAUCACUUCCGUAUUAUUCAUCAAGCCUCAGCCUUGGCCUAUAAUGAUGAGCUGAGAGCUCUGGGCUCGAUCACACCUUGUUUAUUAGAGAGGUCAAACUGUUAAGGUGUCAGUAAUGUUGCUAGAUUUUAAAUAAGUACAAAUAUAUAUAUAUAUCCCUCUCUUUCCUUCCCCCUCUCUCUCCCUCCAUCCCUCCUUAACACUACUUACAAUACAAUAAUUGACAAGCACAUUGCUGCUACAGAUAUGAAAUGCCAUAUAAAUUACAUUAUCCAAUUGUCAAUGAGAACCUAAAGCAUACAUUAUACAAUCGCCAAGGGGCAUAGAAAAUACUAGGAAUCUGAUGGAUUCACACUGCAAGGGUCAGGUUGGUUAGCUCACCUCUAAGGAGGAGAUAAUCAUGGUAAGUUAGUGUGCUCAGUUGAGUUCUUGAAAGUCUUGACGGAUAAUGGUCGAAUGUCGUUGGGUUUGGGUUCUGUGGUUUGCAAGAAAUUGUAAGGAAUAAGGGGGAUUGGAUGACAGCAGGGAGUUUUCCUGAACCUGAGAAGUAGUACAUGGAAUAGGGUUAUGGUGGUGAGGGAGCACAGAGUGUUUAGGAGUAAUUGGGGCCAGUGCAGGGUUUCUAAUAGGAAGGAAAACAUGAACAGGCAGUGCGCAUUGCGGAGAAUAUGUUUUGAAUUUGUUAAAGAUGGGUGAUGGUGUGUUGAGGACUGGCAAAUAAGAAGAUGCUGCAUUAAUCAAGCAUUGUAUAGAUCAGAAGUGAAUGUACACUGUAUAUUUGUUGAAAAAGAAAGUAGACCUCAAUGCGAUGCGAUGUGGUUCGGGAGCUAUUUUGGGGUGGUUUUUUUGGGAACAAGUCCUAUUCAGUGUUUUUGCAGAUCUAAUAUUAUGAUAUUCUAAGCUUCUUAGACAGAAUUGUAAUUGUCUUCUAUAGAUUUAGGCUCCUCUCUUCCAACUCCCUAUGGUGCUUUUAAGGUAAAGAGUGAAUUGUGGUGAAUAGACCACAGAAUUGUCCAAAUAAAGGAAAUAAUCACAUUGGAAAUAUUCAUCUAAUUCAUUUACAUUUUUUCAGCUGUUUUGGCAUUUAUUUGGCAAUUCCCAUGUCCGUUUGCCACAGUUCAAUGUUGAGUGAUUAUAUUUACUAUACUGGUAACCAGUAAACUUGAUGUAUUAAUGUUCUGUUGACUGACCUCGCUCAUCAAACAGCUUUCACUCGGAGAUCACCCUGUCACUAUAUGAAAUGCUUGUACUAACUACAAUGGAAUUUAUUUAAAUCCCAGAGCAAUCCAAUUCAAAAGAUGUAAGACAAAGUCGAAAUGUCUUUAUGUUCAAAACCUAAUUUGUUUAGAUGUGGUUUCUAAGUUUAACCCCUUAAGGACCAAACUUCUGGAAUAAAAGGGAAUCAUGACAUGUCAGACAUGUCAUGUGUCCUUAAGGGGUUAAUUUCCCUGAGCCGUUGACAGCUGUGGAAAACCUGCAUCUUGUUGCACGUUGCAAAGAGUAUUGAGUACAGCACGCUGUAGUGGUUAUAGUGCAUAGUAUUCCUUCAACUAUUACAGCAUUCAAACGUGCGCACACCAUUUUAAAACAGAAGGAAUUUUAUUCAGUGCUGUUUGGGAUAGUGCAAAGCAUUCUGAACAGAGCUGCCAGUAAUCUAGUUUAUUUCCCUGCUUUAUGAAGUUACUGAAGCUGUUUGUAAAGCCUAGUGUUCACUCUUUGUUCCCAGAUCCAGGUUGUGGAUGACGGAGCAGAUACCACGUCCCCUGAAACGCCUGAACCGGCUGCCUCCAGAGUCCUCAAGAGAGGUACCACCAUGGCCUGUUUUUUCUGUAUUUUGUAUUAUUGUUGGGAAUGUUCAGUAGUCGAUUACCUUUAAUACUGUCCAUAUAGUCCAUGUUUAAUAUUGCCGAGUUACUUCCUAAUGUUCCAUUACCGUACCUUUUACCCCUUUCAGUACCUGUUCUAAUCCGGCCCUUGUAACCUUUACAAUACCUGCUCUAUAUCCGCAUCUGUAUUUCAUGGGGUGUGCCCAUCCGGUAAAUAUAUAAUGCCAGGUAUCUGCUCAAAUGAUAUACAAUACAGCUUUAUAGUCCACUAUUGCUCCAGUGACAAAGCAAAUGAUUGACUUAACCCUGUUUAACAUGCAGGUAAUUCCACUGAACCCAACUCUAUGUAGCCCAAGUAAGUUCGUUCAGCAGACGGUGUCCUUUCCUCCAGUAUCCGUCGGAUCAGCCUCCUUCCCACCUCUUCCUGUCCCUCUAAACUCUCUCCCUGUUACUCCAACUCACACGGCUAUUUACUAAACUUUGAAUUGACGUAAAUUUAAAAUUCAAACAAAAAAAACGUAGUCCGUAUAGCUGACAGAGAAUUUUUCAGAUCAGCAAUUUGUAUUUAAAUUUUGCGAUUAGAAAAAAGCAUGUGCAAGCUUACACAGAGCACAGCAAGGGAUCAGUUACAGGAUAGUCCAUUUUUAUUUAUGUCCCUAAUGGAUAGAGUCCGUUCUUUCAAUGUAAUGUUGGAUUUCUUUUUGCAGAUGUCUCCGAGACGCCCAAAAGCAGUAAACUGGUGAGUUAAUGUGUGUGCAUGUUAGGGGAUUUGAAUUGAGGAGUCAGUAGGUUGACCUAAUUUGUUCAGUUUCUUCUACUUCUGUGUUCAUAUAGAAUUGAUCUAUUAAACCCCAUUCCGUGUUCUCCUGAACACUGUGAGUGCCCUUUCUACCCUGUGGCAGGCCUUUCUUUCUGUUACUGUCUCAAUGAUGCUGGCACCUCUUAGGAAAUGUCUCACAGCCGGGUAAAGUGUGAACAAGCUAGCUUGAUUUACUUUGUGUUCACCUUGUAAGAUUGUUUCCAUAACGCUUAAUGUGAAAUGUAUUUGUUUUAAAGUGCCCUCUCACUUUGCUGUUAACUCAAGAUGUUUACUAAAGUGUGAAUUGCAAGGAAUUCAAAGUUCAUUUCAAAGUUUAGGAGAAAAUUACUGAACUAAAAUCUCAAAUAAAGCAGUUUUUCAGUUUAACUAUUGUAUGCUAAAAUAUGAAACUAUUUAUUAUAAAUUCCUGACAUUACCCAGUAGUCUGCAGUGUGUUGGAUAAUACCAUGACUAGACUGGACGCACUAAACGGGGUGUAUUGGUCCCAGUAGCCAUUUACUUGGUAUGUUGGCGUGGUGUUCUGUUCUAGAGAACCUUAAUACUGUUUAGAGAAUCUUUUAAACGAACAGGCACUGAACGGACAUCUGUCUCCUGAGGAAAGUCUACAGGUAUAGAAACCUUGGCAGUCCACGUGCUAGUGUGUGAGACUUCUGCUACACACGUAUGUGGUAGACACCAGAAUGUAAUUAUCAGUAUUAUGCUGAACAUGUUGAUGUAUACUUGUGUUAAUGUUUCAGAUUUAUCUAAAUUUCUAUGCAGGCACUUACUGACCUUUCAAUAAAGUGGAAUCCUGGAAUUUAAUAUCUAAAUAAGUGUUUGUUUGAUAUUAAAGGGACUCUAUAGUCACUAAAAUAACUUUAGCUUCAUGAAGCCGUUUUGGUAUAUAGAUCAUGCCCCUGCAGUCUCACUGCUCAGUUCUCUGCCAUUUUGAAGCUAAAUCACUUUGUUUAUGCAAUACUAGUCACAACUCCCUGCAUGUGACGUGCACAUCCUUCCUAAACCCUUCCUGUAAAGAGUCAUCUAACAUUUUUCCUUCCUUUAUUGCAAAAUCUGUUUAAUUUAGAUGUUCGUUUCUCCUGCUCCGUUAAUAGCAUAGUAGACCCUGCAGGAGCCUCCUAUAUGUGAUUUAAGUUAAUUUUACACGGCAGGAGAUACUAACUUUAAAGUUAGUUACAUCUGACUGAAAGUGAAACCAGUUUUUUCCCCAUGCAGGCUGUGUCAGUCACAGUCAGGGUAGAUGUGGCUAGGGUUGCAUAAACAGAAACAAAAAUGAUUUGACUCCUAAGGGGCAGUGGAUUGAGCAUUGAGACGUCAGAGGCAUGACCUAUACACCAAAACUGCUUCAUUAAGCUAAAGAUGUUUUGGUGACUAUAGUGUUCCUUUAAUGCUUGUUUUGUGAUGCAGAAGAAGUGUUUAAGUGCAGUGUGUAAUACAAAUGUUACAAAGUUCCUUGUUACAAAGAUGAUUUGCAAAAUCCACCAAUAGGAGCCCUGAUCCUGUAAUAAACUGAGUGAUAUUUUCAUGGCAUUUGUGGAUGGUCACACAGUCAUUGCUGCAGAACAUUGUAUGUCACUUGUCCUCAUCUGAACUAUCAUGUUUUCUUUAAUUUUUUUAUUUUUUAUUGGUUUUAUUUAUAUUUUAAAAAUUGAUGCAAAAUAUUCAUUUUGCAGAACAAUGUAAGCACUUCGCUAUCAGUCUAAUAUUGUGGCACUGUCUGUCACUCAGAGCGUGUUAUUGCCUCUAUUAAUGGAAAACUGUUGUCACUUUUUACUAUAGAAGAGUGCAUGUAAUCGUGUGUGUAUGUUAUAAACUCUUCAGUAAACCCCUUGGCUUAAUGGCUUACACUUUGCUCUUUGGGAAGUGCCAUCUUUAUUUCUCUGUGAUGAGAUUAACUACUUAUUUGCCAUACUCCAAGAUCAUACUCCGUUUAAAGACGUGAAACCGUCCGAGUGCAUAUUUGUGAUGCCCUUGCUAAUGUUGUGGGUUUGUGAAUGUACAUUCUUGUUCAGGCGCAUGGUUCAAUAAGGUUAGCUAGGAGCUGGGAACGAUUGUUUAGUUGUGUAAUUGUUUUAUUACAAAAUUAAACCCAUAAAAGUUAUAAAUAUAAUUAUUCUGAAUACAAUAUGCAAGUUUACUUUAAACCCUCCACCCCCUAUUAUUCUGUGUCUUACUAAAUCUAUAAAUAAGGACUAAAAACCUUCUAUACAUGUUGCUUCUCACCAUUUUCAGAACGUGCUGUUAGCAAUUAAUAGCUUACUCUGUUUCUUGACACCGUGAUGCCUUUUCCCCUGUCAGUUUAGCAGAUAUCCAUAAACGAGUUAUUGUUUUUGUUGUCAAUAAAUAAUGCACUUUCUAUGUGGACAGACUUGAAUAAUAGAUUUACAGAUUACUUUCCAGAAUACAAAAAGCCUGUAUUCUUUUAUCUUUUUUUAAAAAUAAUUUUUGUAGCGAAAUUAUGAUAUUGAUCAGAGCAGCAAUAUGAAACGUUUCUUAAAAUGAAAUCUCAAGGUUAAUUUAUGUUUAUAUGCAAGUGUUCUUUAUUUUACAAUAUUACCACCGACCCAUUCAUAUAGCUGUCUAUCUUGUUCUGUCCAACUACAAAUCAAUAUUAAAUGCAUCUGGUUUUCAUCUAUAACUGUCAUCUAUACCUCACCCAGUUUUAUUAAGAGGCUCACUCAGACCCCCAGUAGUGGUUUUACUGCCAGGAGUCCCAUAGUGCUAUCCCAUUGUUAAAGGGUCAAACAGUUUGGGAACUAGUUGACACUUACCUUGGUCUCCCUAGGCACUCUUAUCUCCUCCCAUGUUAGGUUAGUUCUGUGUUACUUUUCAGUCAUUCAUAAGUCGGUACAUGACCUAUGGUACCCAGGUAUAUGUACAUUGUUUGGCCCCCUACUGGGAGACUCUAGGCACCAUAACCACUACAGUGGGUUUUUAGUGGUUAUGGUACUUAGAGCGCUACUUUUACAGACAAUGACCUUUGCGUAUUUACAAAGUUUCCUUUCUAAGCAACCUGCUUUGUGCAUUGGUACCACUAGAGGGAGACAUUGUAAAUGGUUAAGACUAUGCUAUAGUUUCUGUGGCUGAAUUUCACACUGUACGGGUUAAUUAAUAUAAAAAGCUUCCACUUUGUAAUCUUAACAAGCAAAGCAGAUGAAUGUGACACUGUCGCUGAAUAAUUCUAUUUACUUGGUCUGGUAGAAAGAGCAUUGUCUUGGUUCUUGUUUGUUCUCUCCUUGCAUUAGUGACGUACUGCGUCCUGGAUAAAUACAUAGAAUUCGAAUGGUCAUUUGCACUAUUUAAGGACUUGGCACAGAUUGGAGUGUGGUGUUUUGCAUAUUUCCCACAUGUGUCUGUGUAUUUGGGAGUGUAAGACAUCGGUAAGAGACAGCUUUCAGUAAGUGUGUCCGUUCUCUGUGAAGUUUGAUGUAGCUUUAGAUAUUUUAUAUUAUUGAUGCAGUGGGUUUGAAUGGAUCCUCUCACGAUGAUUUGUCAUAUAUUUGGAAGGAUGGAUGUACAUUUUAAAUUAUUAAGAGUUUAAAGGUGUCUUUAGUGGUCAUGGGAAAUACACAGUAGGAUAAAGCAACAUGACUAAAACUGAUUGGGUUAGGCACGGUUAGGAAAUCCCAGAUGUGCCUAGCUGAGAAAGGUGACAAUAUAUUAAAUACAGCCCUGCAAGAUGUAUAGUUCAUACGUUGUCUGAAACACAUUUAAUAGAGAGCUCCCUUCUUUUAUUUUGUCUGAAGUAUGUCUGGCUAGGAUUUGUCAGAGAAGACUCCAAUGCUGGCUGUAUUGCAGUGCACACAUCCCACGGUCUAUCUUUCCUGAUCUUAAUGUUAAACAGUUUAAUUGUAAAAUGUUUUACAUCAUAUUCAUAAAUAAGGUUACCAAGCGAUCUGGGAUACAGCGCAGGUUUUUACGUGACUGUGUCCUGUGAGUCACAUGUUUAUCUGUCCUCCUAAUCCCCAAACUGUGUGUUUAACAUGUCUUAUUCCUCCAAAUAACUUGCCUUCUCACUGAUUAACUGAGCCACUUGGCUUCUAACCUUUCUCACAUUUGCCUUUUGUUCAUGCAGCGUGGAGUAAAGCCUAAAAAGGUGGAGCCUGUUUUUUUCUAUAUCUGCAGUGCUUGUGUGGCUGCGUCCUUAAUGUUCUCACCAUGAGCAUGAGAUCCCCAUUGCCCCCAAUAUGCCAAAUGUCCUUUUUCCCCCACUAUUACACCUCUGCACGCCCGCUCAUUGCAUGUAAUUCAGCGCUAAGGUGGAGUGUCCAUUGUGCAGAAAUGUGAUUGAUCUAGUGUCCAUAGUGUGUAGAACAAUAAAAUGGGGGCCGAAUGACAUUUAAAAAUAUGUGCAAUGUGUCAUGCCGUCCCUCUUGCCUUUCCAUGAUGUAUACUGACAGAAUCAAUCCUUUUUGGGGUGUUUCUCCCUUUUUUCUUCUCUGGAAAGUGUAGCCUGUAGCAUUAUGUAUACCAUGGGAUUAGUGUCACUGGAACACACAGGCGGAAUAGCUGCAUUUUCUUUUAACUUAAUUUUAGUUACCUAAGUUGCAGUCUGCUAAUAAAGCAUACGGUCUGGUGCUCCCAGUUACCACAAUUUGUUACUAGUGAGAUUGCUCACGUCAGACUUCUAGCUGAAGAAAUAUCUUUAUAAAAUAAAUGUGUAUUUUAAGCCUCUCUUCAUAAUCCAGUUUGUCACCCUCUUGUGAUCCCCGCAAUGUUAAAUGGAAGCGUGACCGCUAUUGGUAAGAGAUGUCUAUAGUUGAUUCAGAUCAUGUUAUUUGGGAAUAGACAGGAAUGAGAUCAAUAUCCACUCUUCUUAGAUCAUUGUAUUGAAAUGCAUUAUCCUAAUACUGCUUCUGUAAUGUGUUGUAACGUGUUCUAUAUUGGUUAUUAAUCAUGGCUGAUACAUCUCAUAGCAUAUCCCUAAUCUGGUGGUCAGAGACCUAUGGCUGUCUGGCAGAUGUGUUAUGUGUGCAAAGCUUGCUGGGAAUUGUUUAUCAUUAUUCACUGGGGUGUUUAUUGCGAUUUUACAUUGAACAUUGUAUAUUUCCAGUUGGAGGGGGGGAUGAAAAUAUAUAUAUCUCUAUCUCUACUUAACACAGUAUUUACACAAUGUUAAUUGUUUGUUAGGUCAAUUGCCCUUUAUUCCUAGAAAACCAGCUGCCAUUUUAUCAGCAAUGCUUUUCUAACUCUUCUAUCUUAUGUUUGAAAGGGUUGAUAACUUAGGGGGUGGGGACACGGUGCCGGGAAAGAACCAUUGUGCUGUGCCAGAGACCUGAUAAAAUACUGGGCUAGAGACAUCUAUUGAAGCUUUAGAUUGUCCCUCUUGUAGAGUUCUAAGAGUGCUUCUCUUUAAUAUGUAUCCGUAUCAGAGCAGUUUCCUCCAGAGCCAGCCAGCAGCAGUAUUCUCAAUACGGUAGAAUACCUUCCGUCAGGUAACUGGAACACCACAAUACUCUUUACUAUGGUUACUGAACCCUUGGGAAUGAAGCCAGGAUUGUGUGUUUCUCAGGCCAGCCUGUAUGUUUUAUUAUUAAUACCAAAACAUUAUGUAAUGUCCUCCGUAGAUGCCCUUUGGUGGGAAUUCAGCUCUUACAUCUCCCACUCUAUUACCACCACUGUUUCUCCUUGUAGCUGCACUCCUGUACACAGGUUUCUGUUGUUUGUUGGUGGUUUACAUAAGCUGAUUGGAUAUAUGGCUUCACGUAGCCUUCUGCAUGAUGUGUUGGAGGAAUGGACAUUUGACUAAAAUGAGUGCUUUUCUGUGGUUUAAUAGGUAAGCCAUAUAUUAAGCAUAAUUAAAGGCAGCAGGGCUUAUAUAGACCUGCUCAGGUCAACUGACCUUGUGCUAAUUCCUGACUGAGUUUGGCUCAGCAUGGUUAGCUUGGUUGUUUAAUCAUACCUAUGAAUUAUGUGAAGCCAUUAUAAUAGGUGACUCACAUUCUGCUGCUGAGGAGAUGGAAUGAGUGGAUAUGGAGGACAUGAGGAUGGCCAUAAAUGGUGACUCCAAAUCUCAUAAUAUACAUAAUAACAUCAAUCACAACAUCCACAGUAUAGCUCUUUUAUAUGAAACCCACAGAUCUGUGGCUGUUUUAUGGAAAAUACUCAGUGUUGGUGCCUAGCUGAAUGUUUCUGCCUUUUAAUGGUAUUGAUUUUACUGAAGAAGCUGGAACUGUUCUGUUUGAUGUGUGCCUUUUUUGAUGUUCUUAGGAGGGAACGACCACAUUAGAAACAUAGAAACAUAGAAUGUGACUGCAGACAAGAACCAUUCGGCCCAUCUAGUCUGCCCAAUUUUCCAAAUACCUUCAUUAGUCCCUGGCCUUAUCUUAUAGUUAGGCUGGCCUUAUGCCUAUCCCACACAUGCUUAAACUCCUUUACUGUGUUAACCUCUACCACUUCAGCUGGAAGGCUAUUCCAUGCAUCCACUACCCUCUCAGUAAAGUAAUACUUCCUGAUAUUAUUUUUAAACCUUUGUGGUAGUUUUUCUUCUAUUUUUCUUCUAUUAAAUAUAGUCUCUCUUUCUUGACUGUGUUGAUUCCCUUUAAGUAUUUAAAUGUUUCUAUCAUAUCCCCCUGUCUCGUCUUUCCUCCAAGCUAUACAUGUUAAGAUCCUUUAACCUUUCCUGGUAAGUUUUAUCCCGCAAUCCAUGAACCAGUUUAGUACCCCUUCUCUGAACUCUCUCUAAGGUAUCAAUAUCCUUCUGAAGAUACGGUCUCCAGUACUGUGUACAAUACUCCAAGUGAGGUCUCACCAGUGUUCUGUACAAAGGCAUGAGCACUUCCCUCUUUCUACUGCUAAUACCUCUCCCUAUACAACCAAGCAUUCUGCUAGCAUUUCCUGCUGCUCUAUUACAUUGUCUGCCUACCUUUAAGUCAUCAGAAAUAAUCACCCCUAAAUCCCUUUCCUCAGAUGUUGAAUCCGUUUCCUCAUAUGUUGAGGAAACAUUAGCUCUCAGUUGAUGUCAGCUACCUUGCCCAAUUCAGCUAUGGAGAGACUGUAACACUGAAUGGCAAGUCAAUUUUUGUGCUUUGUAUUGUGUGGCAGCACACAGGCUAUUCUAUCACCUAUGGUCAAACUCCAAUAUCACAAAUUCUUUUUACACAAAAGAAAGAGAAAUAAUAAAGUUGCCAGAGAUCCCAUGCUGAGGCCAAGUUCUCCCUGCACCAGAUUCAACAUCAAUGAUGUCACUCCCUCUCACUGGAGAGUCAGGGAUGUCCCAUUGGACAUGCUGGGGGGAGGACCUGAGGAUUGCUGUCGCUGUUGGUCGCCUGUUGUCAACAUGCUCUGUGUGCUGAUUACAGAUACCAAGUAUGCACAGAUUUAUCGCUAGCCAGGCCUGAACGAAUUCCAAGCUGGAUAAUAAUGCUGCCACAGGUAGAGAUAUAAUGCAUUAAAUCUAUGAAUAUCCAGAGUCUCUUACUGAAAUACUGCGCAUACAGACUCCAAGCACCUUGGGGACUGCAAAUCACUGAUGUGGUCACGGUGCUGGAGGUAACCCUUUGAGCCCCCUCUAUGCCUAUGUGGAAACUCACUACACAAAUCAUAAAAUACAUUGCUGUGUUUGAUACGUGUUUCCGACACAGCUUGUAUUGACUCUCAUAGGUCUAUGCUGUAACUAUUGAGAACCAUCUGGAAUUCAGAGUAAAUUCAAAGCGAAUUUCAAAUUUAAGUUCAAAAUAACCGAGCUGCAAAAUUUCCCUAAGACUGCUAUACUUCCAGUUUGGCCACUUUGGCAAUCAAAUUGAAAUUCACUCCCAACAAUUCUCACCUUAGUAAAAAACCAUGUUAGUCGUUUUGUGAGUGGAAGAUGUCACAUGAACAAGAAACUGUCAAUCACUCUGGUAGCAAAAGAGUUAAUGAACAAUACAAACACUUACUCAUCCUCCAUUUUCAUACCCAUCGCAGAUCAUGUUUCUUCCUGUGGGACGUAUCCUCCUCCUGUUGCACAAUCCUAAUUAAGGAAGAAGAAAAAUUUUAGCUUUUUGCAAAUGGAUUUUAAUGUUUGUGGCAUGCUGGCUUCCAACAUAUAAUGCUUUAUAGCACACACUGGAAUUACCACCACCCCCCAACCCCUUCCACCCUACUUCCCUCCAAAAUAUAACCUGCUUUUCUUCGGUCUAUUUCAUGGGACGAAACUAUCAUUAUGUAAGAGCAAAUUAACCUGUCUUGUAUUCAUGCUUCCUCCACGUGUCUCAAUUCCUUCCCCCAGCCCCUCCACGUGUCUCAAUUCCUUUCCCCAGCCCCUCCACGUGUCUCAAUUCCUUUCCCCAGCCCCUCCACGUGUCUCAAUUCCUUCCCCCAGCCCCUCCACGUGUCUCAAUUCCUUCCCCCAGCCCCUCCACGUGUCUCAAUUCCUUCCCACCCGCCCCUCCACGUGUCUCCUUCCCCCCUAGCCCCUCCACGUGUCUCCUUCCCCCUAGCCCCUCAGUGUCUCCUUCCCCUAGCCCUCUGCGUUUCUCCUUCCCCAGCCCCUCCUCGUUUCUCCUUCCCAGUCGUGUCUCUUCCCCCAGCCCCCUCGUGUCUCCUUCCCAGCCCUCCUAUGUCUCUCCUCCCCCCCUCAGCCCCUCUUAGGUGUAUCCUUCCCCUCAGCCCUCUCGGUGUCUCCCCCUCUCGUGUCUCCUUCCCCCCAGCCCCUCGUGUCUCCUUCCCCCCCAGCCUCUCCUUCCCCCAGCCCCCUCUGUGUCUCCUCCCAGCCCCUCGUGUGUCUCCUCCCCAGCCCCUCUAGUGUCUCCUUCCCCCAGCCCUCCUCACGUGUCUCCUUCCCCCCCCUCUCGUGUCUUCAGCCCUCGUGUCUCCUUCCCCAGCCCCUCUCGUGUCCUUCCCCCUGCCCUCGUUGUGCUCCUUCCCCCAGCCCCUCGUGUCUCAUUUCCCAGCCUCGGCGUCUCCUUCCCAGCCCCUCGUGUCUCCCCCCAGCCCCUCGGUGUCUCUUCCCCAGCCCUCUCACGGUGUCUCCUUCCCCAGCCCUCUCGUGUCUCCUUCCCCCCAGCCCCUCUCGGGUCUCUUCCCCAGCCCCCUCGGGUCUCCUUCCCAGCCCCUCUACGGGUCUCCUUCCCCCCCCAGCCCCUCUACGUGUCUCCUUCUGUGCAUGUCCAUCAGCUAUGUAAAUAUGAAGUCUCAGUCUUUUUAUUCUCUUAUCGGGUCUUAUUAGUCCAAGUCCUUUGCUGCUGGUCACUGAUGAAUCCCAUGCUGUGUGCGUUAGACGUGGAUUAUGACACCCCGUGUUAGUCUUGCUGUUAUCCUGUCUAGCUACUUCCUGGUGGCAGAUGGCCACAAUAAGGCGAAUUGACCUUUAAAGCAUUGUGUUACCAUCUGCCAGCUGGAGGAUUUUCAGGCAAUGAUUAGCUGUACAUUAUCUGUUCUCCUCUUUCUAUGGACAGAUCUGACCAUUCCCAGCCAAUUUAUACUACGCAUCUGCUUAUUCACAUUAUGAAAAUUAUUCUUGCCAGUUAUACAGCGCCAACGUAUUCCGCAUCAAUUUACAAUGUUAUAAAAGGGGAAAUUUCUCAAUAAAUGAGACAUUUACAAAUAUCUACAGGAACAUGGUGAGGAUUCUGGGCAAAUGAGCUUACAAAUCUCAAAAUCAAUUAAAAUACAUAUCAUUUGUGGAGCAUUUUUUAUGUACUCUUUGUAAUAAUAGGAUGGCGCCAAACUUUUUUGCCUGUAUUAUUUUUAUUUAUUUUAGUCCUAAUUCACUAUUGGUUCCCUACCCCCAUAAACUCUAAAAUAAGUUUUUUAAAAAAGGAAGCUAUAACUUGGCUGAAUCCAGCACUGGGUAAAAGUCCUGGUACUGCACUUCACUCCCUGUCUGACAUCACAGUAGCUAUCGUCCAAGCAUUUGAUUGGACCGUUUAACAGGCUCAGAGUGCAUGUUUGUGCUCUGAGCCAGUAAGGGGAGGGAAUAUAUGCAAAAUAAAAACAAAAAACAGAAGCUAUGGGGAGGCAGGAAAGGGAUUCAGUCGUCAGUGCGCUAAUGAGACGUACAUUUUGCACAGAAUUGACAUUAGUCAACCCCGGAACAGUCAUGUGUGCCGCGGGUGCAACUAGUCCCUGACAAACAAUUGCAAAUAUCUCUGGAUGUGCAGCGUUUAAAGCUGAAACAUUGUACUUAUACCCCUUCCACCAUGACCACUUCUUAAAGCAGAAGUUGUCAUGGUGGCUGGAGUAACCCUUUAGUUUAUGUUCGUAAGAGAUUGGUACUAUUGCUGUCUGGACAGUGAUGUCCUUGGUUUAUAUUGCAAUAAAUAAAGAAAAGUCGACGAUAAGGCAUCAAUUCUUCUACGUUCUCUCUACUAUGAAAAUGGAUUGAGCUUGUACGUCACGCUUUUCUACAACCGUAGAAUGAUCACAUAAGCGAUAUGGAAGAACCGGUGGUUAUUGUUAGGGUAGAGUGCCACAAGACGAGGUGGUCUUGGGCACCGAGUUACCUUUUGGGGUUAAACCAUCAAUAAACAGUUAAUGGUUGGAAUAUAAGUUCAUGGGCAAUGCGGAGGGGAGCAGGAGUGAAGACUUUGGGGUGAGUUUACAAAUGAGCUAAUGCUGUCAGACAUAGCCUUUCCAGUCCUGCUAAUAAGCUGCUUUCAGUGUUGGUAAAUAGCAAUCUAGUAAAUGCCUAAUUAUGAAUAUCUCUAUUUUAUUCCAGCCCUUGAACACAUAUAUAUGGCCUGAAUAAUAUCUGCAUGGGCUUUAUAGAGUUCCAGUGACUGUGUGCACACUAAUACAUUCCAAACAUACAAGCAGGACUCUCAGAAUCUACUCGGAAUGGCUGGCUUAGCUUUCUUACUAAAUCCUGUGCCAGGACUAUUCACCAAACUGGGAGCUAGGUUAAAAUCACAGAGCAGGAGAACUUUUCAUUGAAGCUAUUUUUACAUAAAAUGUCAGGCAGUUCCCUAUAAUUUCCAGUUUGGGAAAUGUUUUGGUGCUUUGUUAGUAAAUCAUAUUACUACUAAUAAUUAUUAUAUUAAAGUGAUCUAACGAUUGUCUAACAUUUGCAAGGGUUUUUUUGCAUUAAUCUUCUCACCAUAAUGUUAAAGGUUGUUACAAUCCGCAUGACUUGCCAAAUAUAAAAAUAGGAGUCGUAGGGGGUAGAGCAGUUCAUUUAACGAUUGACUGAUUUAAAUUGCUAUUGCUAACAAUAAGCAUACAUAGCCAUUAGAGGUAAAUGUGUAGGUGCUGCAUACUGACAUUUCAGCUGCUGAUUAUUUUACUUUCCGUUUUUCUAGAACAGGGUGGUUUUCACUUGGUACAUUCCUAAAUACAACUCCCAUCCUGCUAUCCCAGCCUGGUUACAAGUGAAAGAUUUGUAAUAAAAGUAGUACCUGUCGGAGGGGCUGAUCUGUAACCCAGCUCUCUGUUCAUGAUGCUCAUUUCUGUCCGUGCUUGUGUUUGUGUCAUGUAAGCUACGUCUGAUCCGCAGGGACCAACACGCAGCCAUCUGCCCCUUGUCUCCAGGGCUAAUUCCCAGCCUGCAUGGCAGUAAUUUAACCCUGCAACACCGUGACAGGGAGAAGACACGGAUUUAAAGCUACAGUUGUAUAUCUCUCAGUAACAGUACACUGUGCGCUACUGAUCAAGGUAGAGACUUAGUGGAUGUUUGAUAUAGGGUACAAAAGGAACCUCCAUAGGACGCGUUUGUUUAGCUAAUGGGGGAGGCAUGGUGUCUAUUUUGCUGAUGGAGGGGAUGAGUUUCACUGUUGCAGUGAUGAUGUCAUUGUUUUACUAACAUUUAGACGGUGAUGUUUGUUUUUGUGAUGUUUAUAAAUGAGAGAAAGUAGGUAAUCAAGGUAAUUAAUUAGGAGAUGAAAAAUAAAGAACUUUUGGCAUUGAUGAAAUUAAUGACAUAAGCUGUUAUUUCGGAUGCUUUUCUUUUUCAUAUCAAAGUAUACAUUAUUGAUGUUUUUUUUUGUUUGUUUAUAUAUAGUUUGUUUUAAUUUUACUGUGUUGUUGAAAAUGAAAAUAUUUAUCUGCCAAUUGUAAAUUGUGAAAAAAAAUUCAAUAAACGAGAGGGUGUCAAUUCAUGGAAAAGAAACUCAAUUUAUGUAUUGUAGCCUUGACAUACAUGAACUUCUGCACACAAUUUAUUAAAACGAUUGCAUUUUAUUUAUUUUUUUAUUUUGUUGCUUUUGCACCCAGUCUGUGCUUUUAAGUGUAUGACGACACAAUUGAUUUAUCAAUCAUCCACCAUAAGUGUUGUUAGUCUGUGUCACUUUCCUUGUCUGCCACUCUACAUUUAAUUGCCAAACCUGAAUAUUUCAGUAGAUAAAUGCCAACACUUUUAGACCAUUUAAGAACUAUUUCUUAAACUGGCACUAUCGUUAUCAAAAAAACUUUGUUAAUAAUGCCAUUUACGGCUCAAUUCUCUGCCAUUUAGGUGUUAGAUAACUUUGUUUAUGCACCCCUAGUAACACCUCCCUGCGUGUGACUUGCUCUGCCUUCCUGUAAAGAGAGAUCUAAUGUUUAUACUUCCUGUAUUGCAAACUCUGUUUAAUUUAGCAUUUAGUAUCUCCUGCUCUGUUAAUAGUUUGCUAGUCCCUUCAGGGGUCUCCUGUAUGUAAUAAAACUUCAAUUUACAGAGCAGGAGAUAAAAACAUUUAAAAUAAGUAACAUGGAAUUGAAAAUGAAACCAUUUUGGUUUCUUGCAGGCUGUGUCCAUCACAGCCAGGGGAGGUGUGGCUUGUGCUGCAUAUACAGAAACAAAAGUAAUUUAACUCCUAAAUUGCAGUGUUAACUUAAUUAAGCUGGUAUUAGUGAUACAGUGUAUUACAAUGUAUAGAGUGCAGCCGGUGUUAGUGAUACAGUGUAUAACAAUGUAUACAGUGCAGCCGGGGUUAGUGAUAGUGUAUAACAAUGUAUAGAGUGCAGCCGGUGUUAGUGAUACAGUGUAUAACAAUGUAUAGAGUGCAGCCGGUAUUAGUGAUACAGUGUAUUACAAUGUAUACAGUGCAGCCAGGGUUAGUGAUAGUGUAUUACAAUGUAUAGAGUGCAGCCGGGGUUAGUGAUACAGUGUAUUACAAUGUAUAGAGUGCAGCUGGGGUUAGUGAUACAGUGUAUUACAAUGUAUAGAGUGCAGCCGGGGUUAGUGAUACAGUGUAUUACAAUGUAUAGAGUGCAGCCAGGGUUAGUGAUAGUGUAUUACAAUGUAUAGAGUGCAGCCGGGGUUAGUGAUACAGUGUAUUACAAUGUAUAGAGUGCAGCUGGGGUUAGUGAUACAGUGUAUUACAAUGUAUAGAGUGCAGCCGGUGUUAGUGAUACAGUGUAUAACAAUGGAUAGAGUGCAGCCGGUAUUAGUGACACAGUGUAUUACAAUGUAUACAGUGCAGCCAGGGUUAGUGAUACGGUGUAUUACAAUGUAUAGAGUGCAGCCGGGGUUAGUGAUACGGUGUAUUACAAUGUAUAGAGUGCAGCCGGGGUUAGUGAUACGGUGUAUUACAAUGUAUAGAGUGCAGCCGGGGUUAGUGAUACGGUGUAUUACAAUGUAUACAGUGCAGCCGGGGUUAGUGAUAGUGUAUUACAAUGUAUAGAGUGCAGCCGCUGUAAGUGAUACAGUGUAUUACAAUGUAUAGAGUGCAUCCGGUGUUAGUGAUACGGUGUAUUACAGUGCAGCUGGGGUUAGUGAUAGUGUAUUACAAUGUAUAGAGUGCAGCCGGGGUUAGUGAUACAGUGUAUUACAAUGUAUAGGGUGCAGCCGGUGUUAGUGAUACGGUGUAUUACACUGUAUAGAGUGCAGCCACGGUUAGUGAUACAAUGUAUUACAAUGUACAGAGUGCAGCCACGGUUAGUGAUACAAUGUAUAACAAGGUAUAGAGUGCAGCCACGGUUAGUGAUAAAUACACAGUGCAGCCACUGUUAGUGCUACAAUGUAUUACAAUGUACAGAGUGCAGCCACGGUUAGUGAUACAAUGUAUUACAAAGUACAGAGUGCAGCCAUGGUUAGUGAUAUAAUGUAUUACAAAGUGCAGAGUGCAGCCACGGUUAGUGAUACAAUGUAUUACAAAGUGCAGAGUGCAGCCAAUGUUAGUGAUACAGUGUAUUACAAUGUAUAGGGUGCAGCUGGUGUUUAGUGUUUUACUUUGUACAUCUCUCUCAUGCUCUUCUCAUGUAUCCUGGGCUGUCUGGCAUUGAAAGGGUGCUGGUCCCUUUCAGGCUGAGGCGGAUUCGUUGCUAGGUAAUCUCUUGCUCCUCCCCUUGCUUUGAAGGAAAAGCAUACGAGCCAUUAAGUGCUGGAAGGUCUGCCGGGGAGCUGGGAGCCGGAGAGUGGAGAUAGAAGCAGGCUUGUACUGAUUGAUGAUGUAAUCUGUGCACGGGGCGGUGGUUAGAGAGCAGAUUGGGGGGACUGUGUCAUUACAUCUUCCAGGAUCCUGGCAUAGAUAUGGACACGCAACGCACAGGCAAACUGUGGCAAGCAUAGCCUGCAUUUCCAAAGCCGAUGGACUGCGGCCAUUUGCAAGUCAUUCUGGGAAGCCGGGCAUACAAGCUGCAGUCUUGGGAUUUUGUCUUUUAACCCCCUCUCUCUCUCUCUCUCUCCUGCGCUCCUUUUCUUACCCUGUCCUUGUGUGAAAAUGAGACAGGCACCGACAACCCGGAAGGUACCCACUCCUGUGCCCACACUCCCCUUUAUUUCACAUCCCUUUUUUUUCAUCCCCUGCUAUGCUUCGUGCCAUAGUGUGUGUAGCUGUGCGUACUGUGAUGUGAUGGUGCCAUGUAGCAUGCCCUCUGUCUGUCAGUGUGAAGCUGCAGCUCCCUUUCACCCCAUCUGCUAUCACUGCUCAUUUUAUUUACUGCAGGACAUUGUAAAGGUUCACUGACCAGGGCUGUCCUAACGUGUUUAUUCCAAUUACUAAAUCCUCAUAUUUCAUGUGUACACAAUCCAUGUGUUUUUGUUCAGGUAGUGGGUCAUUGUAGACAUGUUAAUGGCAGACUGUGUGUGUGUGUGAAAUCUGCUUCACAUUCCUUGGUGGAAACGUGCAGUAUAAUCCUAUUAUCAGCAUUAAUGUGGGCCAUGGAGGAUUGAAGCCUCAGGAUGCUACAGAUUGCAGGAUGAUACAGUGCUUUUUGUCUGGGCAAAGUAUUUUAAUGGCUGGAUUUGACAAUGACUUUGGGCCUUAAUUAUAACCCCAUGACUUGUGAUCUGCAGACCCUGUAUGUACUGCCGGCCCUUUCCUAAGGAAGCAGCUUAUUGAUAAGUGUCCGGCCAAGUCUGUGCUUCCAAUGGAUGGACCCCGUCUCUUGCUACUAUUAGUACAGCUAAAAUACACCCCACCUCCAAAAAAUGCUUAAAAUAAAUCUGAUCAUAAAAUUCCAACAUAGUGUUAAUGUUCCAUGGACUUUCCAAAUACAAAGAAACAUAAUAUAAAUGGUGAUAUAAUGUUAUACUGUGCAUCCUUCAGUCUGUACAGUCUGUACUAAUGUUCAAAUGAAACCUGAGAGCAGAAAUGGCUUUCACAGCCCUUUGCAUUAAUGUUUUUGAAGAAGUGUAAAAAAUGACUUAUUUCUUCUCUUUAUCUUCCUAUUAAAUGAGCCAUGCCAGUAAUCACAGCUAAAAACAUGAAAUGGUUGUUUGAGGCAUUGCACCUCUCCCUGGACUAUGGAAUGCCCAAAUUAAAGAUUUAAUGUUUGAUCCUUAGAUUAGUGGAAUCUUGUCAGUUUAAUAUCUUUUCUAAUUCUUAUCCUUCUAAAACGAGCAGCUCCCAAGAUAACAUUACUUCCACUGUCUCUACAUAUAUAUAUAUAUACAGUUAGCUCAUUAAUAAGAAGUAGAAAGUUCCUGUGCGGCACAUAUUCCACAUCCUACAACAUAGUAUGCCCAUUGUAGUCCUACUUGGUACAUCCUGGUACAGCUUCGUACUCUGGCAGAGAAUAGGCCAAGUGAAAUAUGGCUGCAGUUUCCAUUCCAUUUGUGCCUAUGCUUUUGUUCAACAUAGUAAAUGCCCAGGGGCAGCAGUUCCAGGUCCCCUUAAAGCCCUAAGAUGGUAUGUUGCAUUAAACUUUCUUGGUUCCUAAUUUCUGUAAAACGUCCAAUGACCCAGGAGGCCUUGUUAAUUCCUGUACAACCUGCAUUGCUUUCAAAUAUUGAUUUCUAAAUGGUCUGUGGUAGGAGACUGUUUUGAACCAGACAGGCUAUUUUAGGAUCAAGGAAAUAAAGUCUCUAUAGUGGUGAGUAGAAAAUCGUUACCUUAGAUCAGUAAGCUAGGAGCCAUUGCUGCUUACCAUUAGAUUCACCCCCAUUGCAGAGUUUUUGAAUGUUGAAGAUAUGAUUAAAGGUGAGUCACAUGCCGGGGGUUCAUCCUAAGAGAGCUAUCCCCUGGCACUCACAGCCAUAGGUACUCCUGUGGAUACUGAUUAUUGACCUCUGCCAGGUCAGUGCUGAUACUCUGUGAUGGUGGAAAUAGUAGUUCUAAGGCUGUGCGGUGUUGGUAAUUGCCUGCCUGUGAUCUCGAAUGAAUUUGGCUACCUGACCAAGUUUUAACAGAAUAGUGAAAUAAAAAACUAAAGCCAUUUUAUGCUUUCUUUCUCUAAAUUAGAUCUUUCCUUAAUACAAAGCCAGUUUUCUAAUUCAUCUGCGUUUGAAGGAUAGACAUGGUAUAAAUAGUACUGCUCCAUUUAAACAAUCUUUAAACCUGCUAGCCCCUGGGAGCAGCUCUAGCUAAAUCUGGGCUGAGCAUUUGCUAUGGUUUCUGGCCUUGCGUUUCUUUGGCACUGUUUAAUUUAAAGGGAUUUUUUUUUCCCCUGCUGGGAUUAGCCUGGGCUCCUGGGCUGCUCAAUAAUCUCUUUGUGUCCAAACCCUACUUAGCAUGCCAGCCCAAUAUUUCCCCAGAUAGGCGGAAUGUGCAAGGUCAGCCUGUACCGUGCCCAGCUCCUACUGCUUGGACAUUGUAUUCACAACAAAAAACCUCUCAAGGGCCUUUCACGAUCCUGGCACAAAAACUCUGCAUGCAUUGAUUAAUUCACACUAACAAUCCCCAAAGUCUGACGGCAAUUUCCAUAAACUUAGAGUUUGUCAACUUGUUUUUGGCUGUAACUCCCAUAAUACUUAGCCUGCUAUCACUUGAUUAGUUCGGCCAUGAGUUUAAUUCUCCCUGUGCAUCCUUCUAUAGACAUGGGGAUGACAUAAUUCCUGUGAACUUCCCUUUUUAAUUUAAACCACUGACAACACAAAGGAGCUCUGGAACAUAACACAUGAGAUAUAUUGGCCUAGUUCGAUAUAAAUGUCUGAUAUUUCAUGCUGCCAGGUUACCUCUUCGUCUAGUACUUAAUGAGUUAAACAGGGCCCAGCAUGAAUCUCAUGAGCGACCACUUGGUGUGAGCGUUUCCUGUGGAGUCCUUUAUGUUAGAUGGAGUGUGACCUCUGUCCUGCUUACCUUACUGCUAGCUGUAUUGGGCAGGAUUUCAUGUGUACUAACUGUCCUGCUGUCUUCUCUUCCUCUGCCUUCUGCCGAUGCUACUCCUGUGUGUGUCUCUCUGCCUGUGACUGCCUCUGAACCGCAUGCAGAUUACUACCCGCCGCCCCAAGGUGAGAGCUUGCUGCCGCCAGUCACUGCAUGGAAUCCUGAGCUUGCUGUCAACUUUUAUCUGAGCAUUAUGGCCCUCCAGUGGUUGUUGGUUCAACUCGAAACAUCCUCAGCUAGCUAUUGCUGGAGGGCCGGUGUAUGACACUUCUGGUGUCUAUAUAAUUUACAGUCUUUGUAUUAUUUUAUUUAAAUGUCCUGUAGUGCACAGUGGAUUGUUAUGAGAAUCCAAUCAUAUCUAGUAACUAUACAGAAGUAUCUUAUCUAGACCUGUUGUGGCACCUUACACAAUCCAGGAAUUAGGGCUUGUUAUUUCACAGAAUGGACAUUGUCUAAAGUGAGAUGGCCCACUAUUACCUGGAUAAACAUAGAGCAUACGGAGAUCGUUGUAAUCCGUGUUUGAAUAUUUGUUAUGAAUUUAUUCAUCAGAUACUCAAAAAUGGUCUGGUAACUUCUGUGUCAGCCACUAUAAGAUGCCAUUUACUAUUCCUCUUAAUGGUAGAACGUAAUGUAGUGAUGCUGUAUGCCUCCUGUGUUGUGUUUUAUUUUUGGUAAAUAAGAAAAUAUUUAAAACAUGAAGUAUGUGAUGAUGUUUGUGGGGUGCUGUUUUUGUAUAGUUAUUCCUGUGAUCUGGAGUCAUGGGAGCUGCUUUAAUGCCCUUUCUGUGCACCUGUCAACAUUUCUGUAUACGGUCUGUCCCAUGUUCUAGUUUAGGGGUAUCAUUUAUAUGGCCUGUCCCAUGUUUUAGUUUAGGGGUAUCAUUUAUACGGACUGUCCCAUGUUCUAGUUUAGGGGUAGCAUUUAUACGGCCUGUCCCAUGUUCUAGUUUAGGGGUAGCAUUUAUACGGCCUGUCCCAUGUUUUAGUUUAGGGGUAUCAUUUAUACGGACUGUCCCAUGUUCUAGUUUAGGGGUAGCAUUUAUACGUUUUGUCUCAUGUUCUAGUUUAGGGGUAUCAUUUAUACGUUCUGUCCCAUGUUCUAGUUUAGGGGUAUCAUUUAUAUGGUCUGUCCCAUGUUUUAGUUUAGGGGUAGCAUUUAUACGGUCUGUCCCAUGUUCUAGUUUAGGGGUAGCAUUUAUACGGUCUGUCCCAUGUUCUAGUUUAGGGGUAUCAUUUAUACGGCCUGUCCCAUGUUCUAGUUUAGGGGUAGCAUUUAUACGGACUGUCCCAUGUUCUAGUUUAGGGGUAGCAUUUAUACGGUCUGUCCCAUGUUCUAGUUUAGGGGUAGCAUUUAUACGGUCUGUCCUAUGUUCUAGUUUAGGGGUAUCAUUUAUACGGUCUGUCCCAUGUUCUAGUUUAGGGGUUAGCAUUUAUACUGUCUGUCCCAUGUUCUAGUUUAGGGGUAUCAUUUAUACGGUAUGUCCCAUGUUCUAGUUUAGGGGUAUCAUUUAUACGGUCUGUCCCAUGUUCUAGUUUAGGGGUUAGCAUUUAUACGGUCUGUCCCAUGUUCUAGUUUAGGGGUAGCAUUUAUACGGCCUGUCCCAUGUUCUAGUUUAGGGGUAGCAUUUAUACGGUCUGUCCCAUGUUCUAGUUUAGGGGUAUCAUUUAUACGGACUGUCCCAUGUUCUAGUUUAGGGGUAUCAUUUAUACGGUCUGUCCCAUGUUCUAGUUUAGGGGUAGCAUUUAUACGGUCUGUCCCAUGUUCUAGUUUAGGGGUAUCAUUUAUACGGUCUGUCCCAUGUUCUAGUUUAGGGGUAUCAUUUAUACGGACUGUCCCAUGUUCUAGUUUAGGGGUAUCAUUUAUACGGUCUGUGCCAUGUUCUAGUUUAGGGGUAUCAUUUAUACGGUAUGUCCCAUGUUUUAGUUUAGGGGUAGCAUUUAUACGGUCUGUCCCAUGUUCUAGUUUAGGGGUAUCAUUUAUAAGGUAUGUCCCAUGUUCUAGUUUAGGGGUAUCAUUUAUACGGACUGUCCCAUGUUCUAGUUUAGGGGUAGCAUUUAUACGGACUGUCCCAUGUUCUAGUUUAGGGGUAUCAUUUAUACGGUCUGUCCCAUGUUCUAGUUUAGGGGUAGCAUUUAUACGUUCUGUCCCAUGUUCUAGUUUAGAGGCAGCAUUUAUACGGACUGUCCCAUGUUCUAGUUUAGGGGUAGCAUUUAUAUGGUCUGUCCCAUGUUCUAGUUUAGGGGUAGCAUUUAUACGGUCUGUUCCAUGUUCUAGUUUAGGGGUAUAAUUUAUACGGCCUGUCCCAUGUUCUAGUUUAGGGGUAUCAUUUAUACGGUCUGUCCCAUGUUCUAGUUUAGGGGUAUCAUUUAUACGGACUGUCCCAUGUUCUAGUUUAGGGGUAUCAUUUAUACGGUCUGUGCCAUGUUCUAGUUUAGGGGUAUCAUUUAUACGGUAUGUCCCAUGUUUUAGUUUAGGGGUAGCAUUUAUACGGUCUGUCCCAUGUUCUAGUUUAGGGGUAUCAUUUUAUGCGGUGUCUCAUGUUCUAGUUUAGGGUACAUCAUUUAUCGGUCUGUCCCAUGUUCUAGUUUAGGGGUAUAAUUUUAUAUGGUAUGUCCCAUGUGUUCUAGUUUAGGGUAUCAUUAUCUGGUAUGUCUCAUGUUCUAGUUUAGGGGUAUCAUUUAUGCGGUCUGUCCAUGUUCUGGAUUUUGGGGUGUUUUAUACUGGUUUAUCCCAUGUUCGGGUAUCCGUUUAUCUGUCCAUGUUCCUAGUUGGGGUAUCAUUUAUGGGUCUGUUCCAUGUUCUAGUUUGAUUUAUCAUUUAUAAGGUCUGUUCCUUGUUCUACCAGUUUGGGGUAUCAGUUUAAGGUCUUUCCAUGUUGUUCUAGUUUAGGGGUGUUAUCGAAUUACCCUGGGUCUGUCCCAUGUUCUAGUUUAGGGGUAUCAUUUAUACGUUCUAUCCCAUGUUCUAGUUUAGGGGUUAGCAUUUAUAUGGUCUGUCCCAUGUUCUAGUUUAGGGGCAGCAUUUAUACGUUCUGUCCCAUGUUCUAGUUUAGGGGUUAGCAUUUAUAUGGUCUGUCCCAUGUUCUAGUUUAGGGGUAGCAUUUAUAUGGUCUGUCCCAUGUUCUAGUUUAGGGGUAUCAUUUAUACGUUCUAUCCCAUGUUCUAGUUUAGGGGUUAGCAUUUAUAUGGUCUGUCCCAUGUUCUAGUUUAGGGGCAGCAUUUAUACGUUCUGUCCCAUGUUCUAGUUUAGGGGUUAGCAUUUAUAUGGUCUGUCCCAUGUUCUAGUUUAGGGGUAGCAUUUAUACGGUCUGUCCCAUGUUCUAGUUUAGGGGUAUCAUUUAUACGUUCUAUCCCAUGUUCUAGUUUAGGGGUAGCAUUUAUACGGCCUGUCCUAUGUUAUAGUUUCGUGCUAUCAUUUAUACGUUCUGUCCCAUGUUCUAGUUUAGGGGUUAGCAUUUAUAUGGUCUGUCCCAUUGUCCAGUCUGGACGAUUCUUUCCUUUUAUCUGUCUUGCACUUCCAAUGGUGUAUGAGAGUUAUAUGGUUUGUCCCAUUGCUACCAAUCAUAUAAUGUAAACUGGUUUUAUUCAUGUGUUGCGAGGGUAGGAUAUUUUUAAUUUUAAUAAAAAUGCACUUUUCAUUUUUCAUACGUAAAUGGAUUCCCUCCCAAUGGGGUGCUAUUUAAUGCAAAUUAGGAUAGGUUCUUAGAUGGGAUAUGCUAAUUAUAUUUGUGCCGCGGAGAUAUUUCACCCAGAACUAUUCCCUCCCCGAAGACUAACAGUGUCUUUGAUAAUCUCGAUCACCCCUUAAAUACCACGGACUACGCAAUGCGCUUGGCUCAUAUUGACAGCCCUUGAAUAUUACAUUAAAGCUGAAAGAGGCUGUUGAAUAAUUAAAACAGUUACAUUUUUUGUAAUAUAGAGAGAGAAAGUGGUGUGGGUUGCUGUCACAAUUCACCAUUUUACUCUAGGAAGAGGCACGUGACAGAGAUGGUAUCAUAAUCCCCUAUACGCUGAAUGCAGCAAUGUUUUCCUAACACCAUUCUAUAUCGUUACUGAAUGCUUCUGCAAGGCUUAUUUUCCAUACCCACUACUCUUCAAUUUACCCCACCUACAAUCCUUAGGCUGACUUCCUGUGUCCUUAAAGGGACCAUAACCAUUAUAUGCUGAAAACAGGAGAUCCUGACACACCUUCCUCCCUGCCUACACUAAUUAGAAUUGCUAAUACAGGAGUUCUGUUUCUACUUAACAAUAUGAGUUUCAUUCUCAUUUAUGUCAUUGAUUUGUUUUGUGUUAGCUGUCUUGCAUAGCCAAUCUGUGACUUCCAACUAUGAAUGCAAGUAAUAUUUGCUAAUGUGGAAGUGUGAACUAUGUGUUCAGACAUAUAAGUGAAGUUGAAAGGGCUUUUAAUGAAGAAGAAAAAAAAAAGUUGAUAAGAAAUUGUUAGCAAGCAACAACCAUAAUUGUGUUUACAACCAGGUAACCUGAAAUUGUACAGAAAUAUCUUUGAAACAAAGGCAUACAUAGACAAAUAUCCACGGCAGACUGCCAGGAGUCAGACUAUGUAACAAUGUCCCACGUUAAACUAAAACAAGAAUCUAAACUACGUACGUGCAUAGAAACAUAGAAUGUGAAGGCAGAUAAGAGCCAUUUGGCCCAUCUUGUCUGCCCAAUUUUCUCAAUACUUGCAGUUUAGUCUCUUAUAUCUAGGAUACCCUUAUGCGUAUCCCACGCAUGCUUAAACUCCCUCACUGUGUUAACCUUUACCACUUCAGCUGGAAGGCUAUUCCAUGCGCACACUACCCUCUCAGUAAAGUAAUAUAUACACCAAGAAAACAUUUUUAUAUUGCAAACAGUCAAUAAGGAAGCAAAGAAAAGUUGCGUAUAGUGAGUAUGAUAAGUCCGCAAGUGCUGAACAAAGGGUCCCCUUAGUUAACGCUCCUUAGGAGGAUCACAGGCAAAGCAGAAACAAACUCUGGUAGUGAAUAAAGAAGGCAGUGAAAUAUCUCUAAAUGAGUUCUGGGAGCAGGGAUGAGAUAACCGUCAGAAGCAAUGCUGUCAAUAUGGACUGCAGACAGAAAAGGUAGAAGGAAAGACGAAGGAGAAGAAAGAAGUGCCAAGUAAGAGGAACACUUCGCACACUUUCCUCCUAUAGCAUGCGUUUCCAGUAUUCUACCUUCGUACUCCACAACUAAUCUGUCAUAUAACCUUCCAUACAUAGUGUAUAAUAGCAGUCAUUCUUCCAUUCUCAGUUUAUUGCCUUUUACUUGUUGUUAAUCGUAUCUCGCUCCAUUUACAUUGUAAUAUCCAUCUCUUAUUCCGAUCUUUUUACCUAAAUGUAUUACUUGUAUGUGUGUGUAUCCAUUGCGCAACAUUGUGUGAAUUGUUGGUGGCAAAUUAGCUGCUACCAUUGAACAUUAAAUAUCCCGUUAUUUACUAGAAGAGUAUCAAGUGUCUAGAAACAGAUUUUCAAUGUUGACAAUGUAUAUAAUAUAGUAUUUUCCUUUUCUAGGUUUAUCUAGCACAUAACAUAUUGGAAUGUGCAUUGGUGUGUAUCAGUGUAUCAAUUUACUAAAAAUCUAGAAUACAUAUUAUUGUAUGUAUUGUGGAUAUUCUGCUUCCAGAUGUGUUCUAGAUCACAUUCCUAAUUGUGUCUUAUCUGAAUGAAAUAUAUAUUUAGGUCAUUGUCCCCUCUCUAUGUGUCAUGUGAGGAUGUAUUCUAGAUCAUGGCCCAGUACGUGCAGAUUGGAUUUUCUUUGGCACAUUCACGACUGCUUUCUCUGUUCUUCUGUUAAAUGUGUUCUAGGUCAUGUUCCUCUGUGCACUGUGUGUUCAAUCAGAUUUAUUCUAGAUCAAAGACCUAUCUGUGUUCAGCUUCUAGAUGUAUUCUAGAAUAUACGGUAUAUGCACAUACCUUUUCUCCGAUAUAGUCUAGUCCUCACUAUAUCCAGUGUGAGUGUUUUGCCUCUGUCUGAGGUAUUUUGGAUCCCUGUCCUUUCUAUGUACAGUGUAUGGUUUGUUUCAUUCUGGUGUAUUCUAGAUCCUAGUGAGGGGGUGCAUGUCUAUCUGUCAGAUAUGCUAUGCAGUACAUCCAGCAUUAUAAGUUGCACCAUUGCACAUAAAAAAAAAAAAAAAGGUAAAUUAAAUCUGUUUACGUAAGAGACUUUAUUAUUUAUUAAACUUGGAGAGCUAUCUCAAACUUUUGAGUUCUGACAGAUCCUGUUAUCCUCUCCUUUCUACUUCACCAUUUCCUAUUCUUCAGAUGUUUGGGAAGCUGUGCAGUUUUAUUCAUUAAGGGAAUAAUAUGAUCAUUAUCUACAUGCAAUGCUGAUCAGAGCUUAGAUAUUGUAGAUUAUGUGCUUCCUUAUUAUGGUCUGCUGUGCCAUGAUUAUAAAACAAAAUUAUGAUUAUUUAGAAAGUUACUCCAGUGCUGUGUUGGAGUACGUCUUUCUUUGCCUACUUAUAUAAUGAAUGAGUAAUGACUGUCUUGCUGGAUAAUGUUUGCUUGCCAGCCUACUCGGCCCUCCAGUUCAGCAGCCUCCAGUGGAACUGCAGGGGCCUCUGGCUCUGCAUCUGCAUCAUGUGGAGAGAUCAGCAGCAGCGAACCCAGUACUCCGGCCCAGACACCGCUGGCAGCGCCCGUCAUCCCCUCACCCUCUUCUGCUCUCACCUCGCCGGUGGCCCCACUCCCAACACCAGGGCCAAGCAAGGUAAAAUAUCACCUUAGCAUAUAUCAGUGAUAUCUGUUCUCUUCCACCAUGCUAUUAUUAUGUCCUUAAUGAACAAUAAAUGUUGCCUAGUAGAUACACCAGGACUUAACAAAUUUGUUUGGAAUCUAGAAGCCAGCUAAAAAAAAGUAAGGAGCCAGAUUUUAUUUUUUUUUUUUUAAACUGACAGUUUCCUUUUCAACAAGAAAAAUGCAGUUCUUAAGGGGACAUUAUAGUAAUGCAGUUGUUCUGGUGUGUAUAGCCUGUCCAUGCAGGCUUUUCAGUGUAAACAUUGCCUUUUCAGAGAAACGUAACCUAGUAACACCUCUAGUGACAGUCACUCAGACGGCCACUAGUGGGUCCUGGGACAGCAUCUAUGUUCAGCAUCUCUAUGAGAGGAUGCUGAUUGGCGCAGUGCUGUGUCCUAUGGGAAAGCAUUGACUUAGCUAAGAUCAUAAAGAUUGAUGAUCUCCGACAUGGAGGAGGGACCAGCUGUGGGGGAUAACUUGAGCAAAAACACCUUUCCCAUGCGAUUUGAUGGGGUGUCACCUAGACAGACACACACACACUCUCACUCUGACAGACACACACACACUCUCACUCUGACAGACACACACACUCUCUCUCACUCUGACAGACACACACACUCUCUCUCUCACUCUGACAGACACACACACACAAACACUCUCUGACAGACACACAAAAACACUCUCUGACAGACACACACUCUCUGACAGACACACACAUUUUCUUACUCAGAAGUUGACAUUUUUAUUUUAAUUUACAUUCACCCUCCCCCCCCCUACCUUUAGGAGAGCUGAAGUGGAUCCUUUCCCUGGGGUUCAUUGUGGCUUCUCUUUUAUCCUUCUGCGGUUUCUAAAAAGCGCUUGAGGGAACAGAGAGGAACUGCAGGAAGAUUAUUGCUCCCAUGCUCACAGCCUCCUUUUUACCUCAGCCGGUCAGCUCCAAUACUGCCACAGGCAGCUGCCUUCGCUGAAGAGAUGGCAAAUGCCAUGCGCCAGGACAAAGUUUCUAGUCAUCAUGUCGACUUGGCGCCUAGGAUUUGUUGAGCCCUGAGAUACACUGAUUAGCCAUAACAUUAAAACCACUGACAGAUGACAUGACUAACAAGAGCCAGAUAGUGAGUGCUAGAACAACAAAUUCGAUCCAUGGAUGCCCCACCUCGCAAUGUGUUGGUGCCAAAUACCACAGGACACUUCCAGAGGUCUUGUGGAGUCCAUGCCUCACUGCAUCAGACCUGUAAUGGCAGCACAACUUGUAACAAUAUUAGGCUACACAAUAUUAGGCUUGUGGUUUUAAUGUUGUUGCUGAUCUAUGUAUAUGUUCAAUAAAUUGUCUUAUAGGAGUCAUGUCAUAUUGAGUCUGUACCAGAAUAGGUUUUGGUUCUCAUUUUGGGGGCACCUUCCAGUUUGUACCUUUUGUUAUUGUUUUUCCCCUUUACUGCAGGAAGAGGAGAAUCUGCGAGCCCAGGUCAAAGACUUGGAGGAGAAACUAGAGACCUUAAAGAUGAAGCGGGCUGAGGACAAGUCUAAACUGAAGGAGCUGGAAAAAUCUAAACUUCAGCUGGAACAGCUGCAAGAAUGGAAGAGCAAGAUUCAAGAGCAACAAGCAGACCUCCAGCGGCAGCUCAAGGAAGCCAAGAAGGUGAGAUAUGCCUCCCGUUGUCUGCAUAUUUUAUCAAUGAUACUUGUCGUAAAGCACAUGUAAAAUAGUCAAGACACAUACUCAAAAACAUACGCAUAUAAAAUCAGGGCAGGUAAACUAGGCCAGUUAUGUAUCAGCAGUAUUCUAUUUAUUUGCCACUGCUCCUUGGGUCCCUACACCUCUACAGCCAUUAACUGGAGAACACAAUUGGAGUUCUGUGCAUCUUUUUACUUUAAAAGGACACAUCUGUUCUUGUUAAAAAACCAGUACAGUGUAUAAGCGAGUUAAUGUUUACAGGAAGCCAAAGAGGCUCAAGAAGCUCGAGAACGUUACAUGGAGGAGAUGUCUGACACUGCUGACGCCAUUGAGAUGGCCACUCUUGACAAAGAGAUGGCAGAAGAGCGAGCAGAAUCCUUGCAGCAGGAAGUUGAGACCUUGAAAGAGAAGGUGGAGGAACUCACCAUGGACCUUGAGAUUAUAAAGCAUGAAAUAGAAGAGAAUGGUAAUUUAUGAAUUUAUGAAAAACUGUUGGAAAAAAAUAUGGCAAGUAGAGUUGGUUGGUGGGGUUAAUGGAGGGCGAUACCAUAUAUUCCUUGUCUUUUCAGAUUGAUAUGGUUAUACACUAUUUUGACUUGCAUUUGUUACUCACGAGAUGAUAUUUUAAUUUAUAUUUCAUCUUUGCGGUCACAGAAUAAAUUGAUGUUAAGAAAUAAUAAAUAUUCCAUACUUACUAAAUCAUUUGAAAUGUAUUAUAUAGUAGAAGCAUGGGAUAGCCUGUUAGUGAAUUAGGACUGCAGUUCUAGGAUUGUCUGCAAUCCGUCCAGGAUUGGAAGUUACAUGAAGAACCGUUGCAUAGUUAUUUAAAGUAGAUAGCGCUAUGUGAUUGUGGUGCUUCAUGCAGUAUUUCCUUUGACCUCAGGUUCAGAUGGAGCUGCGUCCAGUUAUCAGGUCAAACAACUGGAGGAACAGAACACCCGACUAAAGGAAGCUCUGGUCAGGUAAAUCUUCCACUAUUCGUUCAGUUUGUUUGCUGUGGAUUUUCAAUCCGCACAGUCAGCCAUCACCGAACAUGACAGCGACCAUGACUUGGGAGAUUGCAGAGCGCAUCCACAGUGCAAAUUUGUGACUCCAUUGCGUGAUAACUGUGAAUAGCUGAGUGCACCUUUUGAUAGCGGUUAGAACCCUGGAAUUGUUGAGUGUCCCCUAUGUUAGCAGCAGUUGGCGGUGUGAACCCUGGAAUUGCUGAGUGCACCCUAUGUUAGCUGUAGUUGGCAGUGUAAACCCUGCACCCUAUGUUAGCAGCAGUUGGCGGUGUGAACCCUGGAAUAGCUGAGUGCACCCUAUGUUAGCUGUAGUUGGCAGUGUAAACCCUGCACCCUAUGUUAGCAGCAGUUGGCAGUGUAAACCCUGGAAUAGCUGAGUGCACCCUAUGUUAGCAGCAGUUGGCAGUGUAAACCCUGCACCCUAUGUUAGCAGCAGUUGGCAGUGUAAACCCUGGAGUUGCUGAGUGCACCCUAUGUUAGCUGUAGUUGGCAGUGUGAACCCUGGAAUUGCUGAGUGCACCGUAUGUUAGCAGCAGUUGGCGGUGUGAACCCUGGAAUUGCUGAGUGCACCCUAUGUUAGCAGUAGAUAGCGGUUUGAACCUUGGAAUUGCUGAGUGUCCCCAGCAGUUGGCGGUGUGAACCCUGGAACCAUGAUUUAUUGUCACAUAUCUGAUGUUUGCAGGAUGCGAGAUCUUUCAGCCUCUGAGAAGCAGGAACACGUCAAGGUUCAGAAACAGUUGGAGAAAAAAAAUACUGAGCUGGACACGUUAAGGCAGCAUAAAGAGAAGCUACAGGAGGAGGGCUCUCAAAUGGAGAAGACCAUUGAUGAACUGAAAGAACAGGUUAGUGAUUUAUGAUGUGCUCAAGUUAUUAAAUAAAAUCAGUUCUUCCCUGUCUCAGGGUCAUCUGUGAUUCAAGACCUGGGAACAACAUCAUUAAGGAAAGCUCAUGAAAAGGGAUUUAAUUAGAUCCCCUGCUUCCUGACUGCUUAAAAUAUUUAGCCCCUUUCUUUAGAGCUUUACGUUGCCACCUACUAAGAAGAUGUAAUAUGGUCUUCUGCACCAUGGUCCUAACGUUUAAUUUCAUGAAACAAGACCUCAUAUGGUACACUUUUGCAGUUUGUGGGUAUAAUAUGACCACAUGUACUGACUCCUGGGCUAGAAAUGACAAGCACACAAUCUGUAAAGAAAAAUAGACUAACCCCACCAGGAGGUAUAAAUCAGGCUUGCACUAGACAUUGAAGUAAAUCACAUUAAAGCAGCUCUAAUCUGCUUCUUUAUAGCUCCCUGUGUCUGAAUAUUUGUGCUCUAGUUUUCAUAAAAUAUAUAAGGCAAUGUGGGGACUAAUUUUCCUCAUGUACAGUGGUCAGGUUGACAAAACUGGGAAUGAGCAGAGCUUAAAGCAAAGUUCGGUUUACUCACAAUCCAUCAGUAAGCUGAAGACCACAAAAGGGCGAACAGCAGACCUGAUAGGCACAGGAGAAAAAAAUGGAUGCACCCAGAUAUUAAGAUCUGGCACAAGGAAAACAAGAUAACUAUAAAUAGAGGCAAGUGGAAAGAGAGAUGGUAUAAUCAUUUCGAUACAGGUGGCAUAAGGAAGGAAAAAAAAAAAAUAUGACAGGGCCGCUUUAAUAAUAAACGCUGCAGGCUCCCUUCAUCCAGCGCAGAGAAAAUGAUUGCCCUGUAUGAACAGGAAUGCCUGUACCAACCAAUCAGAGAGCCUAUUGGCUGUGUCUAAAGAUAGUUUAGUUCUCAGAUUGGUGGAUACUAGAGACUAGCUGCCAUCACAAAGAAUCACAUACAGGGCCGACGCAGAGACAUUUUACUUUGGUUAAACUGUGUUUUUCAUUGCAUCACUCAGUGGAGUCAAUAUAGAGUUUAUUCAAUUAACCCCUUAACGACGAUUGACGGAAAUUUUCCGUCAAGGCAGACCUACCCUUAAGGACGCUUGCCGGAAAAUUUCCGUCAAUUACUAAAGUUAACGCCAGAUCGCGGCGAUCGUGGAGUUAACGCUGUUGGUGGGUGCCUCGGCGUGGGAGGAAUACCAGCAACAGCCAAUAGCGCUAUCCCAGCACAUGUGAUUGCUGUGACAGCCAGUCACAGCGAUCACAGUGCUGCUGGGACUUCUGAUCCUCCUCCCUCCACCUCUGUGUGUGUUUAGAAGUAGAGAGAGAUCAUUUGCAACAAUGUGUCCCUUGCCGACACACAGUGUUUUACCUGUGAAAAUUAACAAGGGAUUAACCCUUUGAUCACUGACAGCAGUGAUCACAAUACUGAUCACGGUAUUUUACUGUGAUCAGAGGGUUUUUUGUUUUUUUUUAGAAAGUUCUUAAAAGUAUAAAAACAAAAAGAGAAAAAAAAAAGUAGUUUCUGUUUUUACCCACAGGGGUUACUUUAAAAAAAAAAAAAGUUUUUAGAAGUUUUAGAAAGUUAUUAAGAGUUUUAUAAAAGUAUUUUAAAAAAGUUCAGAAAACAAAUACGUAAUUUAGUUAAAGUUAAUUUUAAGCUUUCACCAUGCUUAGAAGGUUUAGUGCCAAGGAGGCAUAUAAUAUAUUAGCGGCCGACACGGAGGCAACCGACAUUACCUCAGAGAGUGCAGUGGGUGACUGUGCCAGACACAGAUGAAGAAAGUGACGAUACCCCUGGUGCUGAUAACUGGGUGCCUACUAACAAUUUUGUCCCCUUUUAUGGAGCUGUUCCUUGGGGGUGACUUUUUAGGACCGAUUGUUACACAGACAAAUAUUUAUGCAGCGCAGUAUCUGUCACAAAAUGCAGCAAGUCACCUUGCCACAAAAGGUAGCUAACCAUGCUAAUGGGUAUUAUAAAAAAGCCCAGCAUCCGAAUGUACUGGUCUUAAAACCCAGUAUGCAACACUCCCAUUUUCUCUCAGACCAUGAAUAGGCCCAGAUACGUAUCAAUACUGUGUUUUCUGCACUUGUGCAAUGAUAAUUCGAAGUGCCACCCUAGAGAUCAUGCGCAGUAUGAUAAACUUUAUAAAAUCCGCCCUCUAAUUAACCAUUUUAAUGAAGAAUUUGGCAUAAUUUAUGCUCCCCAAAAGAAUAUAUGUAUUGACGAGUCCCUAAUGAAAUACAAGGGUAGACUGGGGUUUAAGCAAUACAUCCCAGCCAAAAGAUCCCGGUAUGGCAUCAAGCUAUACAAGUUAUGUGAAAGUAGCAGUGGGUAUGUUUAUACCUUCAGAGUAUAUGAAGGUAAAGAUAGCCACCAGGAUCCCCCAGGUUGCCCUGAUGUAGUUGGGACUAGCUGAAAAAUUGUUUGGGAUCUAAUGAACCCGCUACUGAACAAGGGGUACCACCUCUACCUUGAUAAUUAUUACAAUAACAUACCCCUCCAGAAAAUGCUAUAUUGUUUUGAGACUGUGGUCUGCGGCACUAUCCGCAAGACACGCACUGGCUUCCCCAAGGCUCUGGCAGAGAAAAAAAUUAAAAAGGGGGAAACGGCUGCUCUCUGCCAGGACGAACUGCUGGCUCUGAAAUACAGAGACAAAAAGGAGGUGUUCAUACUGACUACCAUGCACAGUGAACACACACGCAGGGCCGCAGUUCGAGGCAGACAGGAAACAAGACGGCUGCCUGUCUGCAUUAAGCAAUACAAUAAACACAUGGGGGGAGUUGACCUGUCUGAUCAACUGCUGCAGCCAUAUCUGAUAAUGAGAAAGACCAGGGCCUGGUAUAAGAAAAUGGCCAUUUAUUUAAUGCAAAUGGCUACUCACAAUGCAGUCAUCCUUUUCAAAAAGGCAAAUCCUCAGCUGAAAUUUACUUUUCUUACAUUUCAGUUUUAGCUAAUUUCUGUGCUGCUCACUGAGUGCCACAGCGGAGAGCCGUCAGCAGGACCUAGCAGCAGAGAUAUUCAGACAGGUCACUUCUGCUUUCGGAUACCACCAACCCACAAAUAUGAGAUACCCUGCAGUGUCUACUUUCACGAAAGGGAGGCCUUUGUGUGGUCAUUUAUUAUUAUUAUGUUAUUAUAUAGCGCCAACAAAUUCCGCAGUGCUUUACAGUGGGUGGCCGAACAUACGUAGUUUGAACAACCAAACUACUAUAAUGCCCCGAAAUAACACAGGUUCAUUAAAUCCAUCUUUGAAUUUUCUUAUUGUAGAAACUUAAAUAGUCUGGCCUCUUAUAGGUCAUGGUAGCUUCCCAAAAUAGUGGCAAAGGCACACAAUGGGGGUAUUGUUGUACUCAGCAGAUGUAGCUGAACACAAAAUGGGAUUUUGACCAGGAAUAGCACACAACAGCUUUACAAAAUACACAUUUAAAAAACCUUGUUAUAUGUGUGUGUGUAUUUCAAAAAACUGAAAAAACACAAUUUUACUACAAUAUUUAGCAGCGAUUGGUGGGGAAAUGGCUAUGAAAAAAGUGUCAAAAUACCUUUAAGUAGCCUGUGAUGUCUUCUUUAUAUAAAUAUAUACUUUUGUGUAGCAAUUUUGUCUUCUGUGACGGCUGUUAAACUUACAAAUCAAACAUACCAACGUCUAAAUUUUUUUCACAUUUAAAUUUUAUAUUACUCCUUGUAUUUUGUGACCUGUAACUUUUAAAAUAAGCUGAAAUCCUUUACAUAUUAUGCACUUUGAAAAACAAGACACCUAAAUGAAUUUAUUUUGAAUUACUUUUCCUAGGCUUGACAUAUUAUGCACAUAUUAUUAUUGCCAAAACUGUGAAAAAAGGGGUUUUUUUCUUUUCAUUUUUACAUUUUUUUUAAUAAUAAAUUAGAUUUUAUAGAUGUAUGUCACAUCAAAGUAAAGCCCAUUUUGUCUUUUAAAAACCUAAAUAUUAUAUGUGUUGAUGCAAUAAAUGAGAGCGAUGCAAAUUGCAGUUGAACACAAACAGCAAAAAAUGCAAAAAUAGCUUGUGUCCUUAAGGGUAUAUCCAGCUACUGAAGCUGCGUCCUUAAGGGGUUAAUGUCAUGGCCGUGCAUCUUGUAUCUCGUAGUGGCUUUUGUACUUCUUGUUUUCUCAUUUUUGUAGAACACAUAACUACAAUUUAGCCUAAAGAUAUAUUUCUCUCCCACUGCAGUGCCAGGACAGAGCACUUGUAAUAAUUGUUAUUUAGUCGUUCAGUCGUGUCCAACUCUCCGUGACCACAUGGACCAUAGCACGUCAGAUACAUCGGUCAGUCACUGCCCCUCUGAGUUCCAACAACUUCAUGUUUGUUGCUUCAGUGACCUCAUCUAUCCAUCCCCUUCUUUGUGUGCCUUCCAUCUUUCCCAGCAUCAGAGUCUCUAGAUAAUCUUGCCUUCUCAUUAUAUGGCCAAAAUAUUUGAGCUUCAGCCUCAUGAUCAUAGCUUCCAGUGAACAGUUUGUCUUGAUUUCCUAUAGUACGGAUUUAUUGGAUCUUCUUGCAAUCCAAGGGAUUCUAAGCGGUUUUCGCCAACACCACAGUUCAGAGGUAUCAAUUCUACGACGCUCAGCCUUCUUUAUAGUCCAGCUCUCACAUCCGUAUGUUACUACUGGGAAUACCAUAGUUCUGACUAUGCGGACCUUUGUUGAUAGUGUAAUAUCUUUAGUUUUUACCAGCUUGUCCAAGCUUGCCAUAGUUUUCCUCCCCCAAAACUCUAGCCUUUUAAUUUAAUGACUGCAGUCACCAUCUGAAGAGAUCUUGGCCUCCACUUCUUCCCCAUCUAUUUUCCAGGAACUAAGAUUGCGGUUUGCUAUGAUCUUAGUCUUUUUAACAUCAAGCAGCAAGCCAGCUUUUGCACUCUCUUCUUUUACCCUCAUCAACAGGUCCUUUAGUUCUUCCUCCCUUUCAGCCAUCAGAGUAGUAUCAUUCGCGUAUCUCAGGUUGUUGAUCUUUUGAUUCCAGCUUUGGAUUCAUCCAGCCCAGCCUAACGCAUUAUGUAUUCCGCAUAUAUAAGUUUAAAUAAAUAAGGUGACAGUAUACACCUUGUCGCACUCCUUUCCCAAUCUAGAACCAUUCUGCUGUCCCAUGUUAGGUUCUGACUGUGACUUCUUGGUCCACAUACAGAUUCCUCAGGAGGCAGAUGAGAUGAUCUGGUACUCCCAUCUCUUUAAGAGAUCAAAGGCUUUAGAAUAGUCUAUGAAGUAGAAGUAGGUGUUUUUCUGGAAAUCUCUGGCUUUCUCUAUUAUCCAUCGUACAUUGGCAAAUUGAUCUCUUGUGCCUCGUCCUCUGCGGAACCCAGCUUGUACAUCUGGUAAUUCCCGGUCCAUAUAUUGUUUGAGUCAAGCUUGUAGGAUCUUAAGAAUUACCUUGCUGGCAUGCAAAAUUAGUGCAAUUGUUCGAUAAUUGGAGCACUCUUUGGCAUUGCCUUUUUUUAGGAUUGGGCUGUAGACUGACCUUUUCAUGCUUUUUGGCCACUGUUGCGUUAUCCAAAUGUAUCCAUAUAUAGUUAUCUUAGCAAAAUUACUGGAGUGGGUUGCUAGUUCCUUCUCCAGUGGACCGCGAUUUGUCUGACUUCUCUGCUAUGACCUGCCCAUCUUGGGUGCCCCUACAUGGUAUAGCUCAUAGCUUCAUUGAAGUACAUAAGCCUCUUCAACACAGCAAGGUAGUGUUCCAGAAGGGGUGUAAUAAUUAGCUUAAUUCAAAUAUGAUUUAGUUGUCUUAAAAUAGAAUUAUUUUUUUGGGAUAGAGUCAUCCUUACUGGCAUAAAUUAAGCUAUCAAACAAUAAACUCCUCUGAUUGGCCGAGGCAACCCAAUCCUCAUCCCUGGAGGGUUUACAACAUCACAGGGGCUAGGCUGAGGAAGGACUUCAGCGGUGUGCUGAAUUUUAUAUCUAAAAUUUACAUCAGCAUCUUAGAACUCUAGUCCUGAGCAGCUAAUGAUGCUGCUGGAGGUGAUGAUACACAUCUGGAAGCAAACCUGAAUAAAUCUGAAACACUACACAUACAGACUCCAAGCACCAUCAAAUCACUGGAAUGGUCAUGGUGCUUGGAGUAACCCUCAAAGGUUAGGGGGUGGAAUAAAGCAGUUUAAAUGUACACUAUAGUCACCAGAACAACAAAUUUUAUGUAGUUGUUCUGUUGUCAAUGGUGUGUUCCUGCAGGUUUUUAUUGUAAACACUGCCUUUUCAGGGAGUGUACAGCACUUGAUUCAAUACAUCUUUAUGAAGAGAUGCAUGGCAAAAUGCUGCACUGCUCCAAUCUGCGUGUGUAACAGCCUCCCAAUGCUUUCCUAUGGGAAAACAUUCCAGUGGCUGAGAUAAUUAAGUUUGAGGAUCUCAGCCGUGGAGGCGCUGUGAGGCGGGGCCAGCCGUGGUGAGUAAAAUCGCCUUUUUACUGGCCGGGGACAUAAAUAGUGAUUUUUACCAGUAUAGUGUUAGGAAUACAUGUUUAUGUUCCUGACACUAUAGUGUUACUUUAAGCACUGUUUACAUGGAGGUCAGUGUAUGAAGCUAUAUUCCAUCUAUACUAAGUAAAACAAUACCAACUGAUUGGCGCAUUCUGGACGGUCUCACUGCAAUGUCCUGUAGUGAGCGUUCAUGCUAUAGUCAGAACCAUGACAUGAAUUGUAAGUGUGGUGAUGAAAUGACCAGUAAUGCCUCAUCUAGUCACUUAGGUCUCUGACUCUUGUUUUAUAGGUAGAUGCAGCUCUUGGAGCUGAAGAGAUGGUGGAGACUCUGGCUGAAAGGAACCUGGAUCUAGAAGAGAGAGUGCGCGAGCUGCGGGAGACCGUCAGUGAUUUGGUAAGCGAGAUAGACGUGUCACGUGAAAACUAAAACUCAGCCCACUGCUUUGUGAGCUCUCACACACAUACUGUGUGCAUGUUACUGCCUCUUCUACUCAGCACCCCAUGUAUAGUACAUAAACUAUCACUCUGCAGAAUUCACACACAUCCUGUGUAGUAUUAUCAUUCACACACAUCCUGUGUAGUAUUAUUAUUAUUAUUAUGAUGAUAUUUAUAGAGCGCCGUCAAAUUCCGCAGCGCAAUGGGUGGACGAACGGACAUGUAGUUGUAACCAGACAAGUUGGACACACCGGAACAGAGUGGUUGAGGGCCCUGCUCAAUGAGCUUACAUGCUAGAGGGAGUGGGGUAAAAUGACACAAAAAGGUAAGGAUAGUAUUAGACUAGUGACAGUUGCAGAAGAGGAGCUAUUAACAGUCAGGAGCUAUUAACAGUUUAAUUGAUACGCUUUUGUGAAGAAGUGGGUUUUUAACGAUUUUUUUUAAGGAGUGGAGACUGGGUGAGCAUCUAACGGAGGAGGGAAGCGAGUUACACAGGAACGGUGCAGCCCUCGAGAAUUAGCGCUGUACAGUGGGUGGACUAACCGACACGUAUUUGUAACCAGACAAGUUUGACGCUCAGGAACACAGGGAUGGAGGGCCCUGCUCAAUGAGCUUACUCAGGGAGUGGGGUAUAGUGACACAAAAGGUAAGAGUAGCAUAGAAAAAUAGGUUGCUAGCAUAGUAUUCAUUGAGGGCUUAGUGUUUUGUUUUGAUGACAGUUUCAGGAGAGGAUCAGGGUGCGGGGAGGGAAAGCUGUUUACAUUUUAAUUGAUAUGCUUAGUACAUAAACCAUUACUCUGCUUCAUUCACACACACCCUAUGUAUAGUACAUAAACCAUCAGUCUGCUUCAUUUACACAUACCCUGUGUAUAGUACAUAAACCAUCACUCUGCAUCAUUCACACACAUCCUGUGUAUAGUACAUAAACCAUCACUCGGCAUCAUUCACACACAUCCUGUGUAUAGUGCAUAAACCAUCACUCUGCAUCAUUCACACACAUUCUGUGUAUAGUACAUAAACCAUUACUGUGCUUCAUUCACUAAAACCAUCACUCUGCAUCAUUCACACACACCCUGUGUAUAGUACAUAAACCAUCACUCUGCAUCAUUCACACACAUUCUGUGUAUAGUACAUAAACCAUUACUCUGCUUCAUUCACUCAUACCCUGUGUAUAGUACAUAAACCAUCACUCUGCAUCAUUCACACACAUCCUGUGUAUAGUACAUAAACCAUCACUCUGCAUCAUUCACACACAUCCUGUGUAUAGUACAUAAACCAUUACUGUGCUUCAUUCACUCAAACCAUCACUCUGCAUCAUUCACACACACCCUGUGUAUAGUACAUAAACCAUCACUCUGCAUCAUUCACACACAUCCUGUGUAUAGUACAUAAACCAUUACUCUGCUUCAUUCACUCAUACCCUGUGUAUAGUACAUAAACCAUCACUCUGCAUCAUUCACACACAUCCUGUGUAUAGUACAUAAACCAUUACUCUGCUUCAUUCACUCAUACCCUGUGUAUAGUACAUAAACCAUCACUCUGCAUCAUUCACACACACCCUGUAUAUAGUUCAUAAACCAUUACUCUGCUUCAUUCACUCAUACCCUGUGUAUAGUACAUAAACCAUUACUCUGCAUCAUUCACACACACCCUGUAUAUAGUUCAUAAACCAUUACUCUGCUUCAUUCACACACAUCCUGUAUAUAGUUCAUAAACCAUUACUCUGCUUCAUUCACACACAUCCUGUGUAUAGUACAUAAACCAUCACUCUGCAUCAUUCACUCAUACCCUGUGUAUAGUACAUAAACCAUCACUCUGCAUCAUUCACUCAUACCCUGUGUAUAGUACAUAAACCAUCACUCUGCAUCAUUCACUCAUACCCUGUGUAUAGUUCAUAAACCAUCACUCUGCAUCAUUCACACACACCCUGUAUAUAGUUCAUAAACCAUUACUGUGCUUCAUUCACACACAUCCUGUGUAUAGUACAUAAACCAUCACUCUGCAUCAUUCACACACACCCUGUAUAUAGUUCAUAAAUCAUUACUCUGCUUCAUUCACACACAUUCUGUGUAUAGUACAUAAACCAUCACUCUGCAUCAUUCACACACAUCCUGUGUAUAAUACAUAAACCAUCAAUCUGCAUCAUUCACACACACCCUGUUUAUAGUACAUAAACCAUCACUCUGCAUCAUUCACACACAUCCUGUAUAUAGUUCAUAAACCAUUACUCUGCUUCAUUCUCACACAUCCUGUGUAUAGUACAUAAACCAUCACUCUGCAUCAUUCACACACACCCUGUUUAUAGUACAUAAACCAUCACUCUGCAUCAUUCACACACAUCCUGUGUAUAGUACAUAAACCAUCACUCUGCAUCAUUCACACACACCCUGUGUAUAGUACAUAAACCAUCACUCUGCAUCAUUCACACACACCCUGUUUAUAGUACAUAAACCAUCACUCUGCAUCAUUCACACACAUCCUGUAUAUAGUACAUAAACCAUCACUCUGCAUCAUUCACACACACCCUGUAUAUAGUUCAUAAACCAUUACUCUGCUUCAUUCACACACAUCCUGUGUAUAAUACAUAAACCAUCACUCUGCUUCAUUCACACACACCCUGUGUAUAGUACAUAAACCAUCACUCUGCAUCAUUCACACACACCCUGUGUAUAGUACAUAAACCAUCACUCUGCAUCAUUCACACACAUCCUGUGUAUAGUACAUAAACCAUCAUAAACAAUUACUUAUAAUUCUUAUAUACCCUCUCUAUGGUGCAUAAGCAAUCACUCGGCAUCAUUCACUCAUUCCUUGCUUAUAGUGCAUUAAAAACGUAAUUUAGCAUCAUUCUCACGCUGUGUUUGGUAUAUAAAGCUUUACACAUAUCCUGUGUAUGGUACAUAAAUCAUCGUGCUGCAUUGUUAACCAAUCACUGCUGCCCAGACUAGAUUAAAUUAAUACAUUUGCAGGCUGUUGAGCUCGUACCAAACCAAGGAACCAGGAAAUGACUGAUGCUAACUUAAAGUGAAACAAUAGUUACAAAACCGCUCUAGUUUAAUAAAGCGUUUUUUUCUGUAUAGAUCAUGUCGUUGCAGUUUCACUGCUCAAUUCUCUGCCAUUUAAAAAUUUAAAGCACUUUGUUUAUGCAGGCAUAGGCACAACUCUUUGCAUGUGACUAACACAGCCUUCCUAAACACUUCUUGUAAAGAGAUAUCUAAUCUUUACACUUUCUUUAUUGCAAAUUCUGUUUAUGUAGAAUUUUUUAUCUCUUGCUCUGUUAAUAGCUUACUAGACCCUGCAGAAGCCUCCUGUAUGUAAUUAAAGUUCAAUUUACAGAGCAAGAAAUACAAAUCUUUAAAGUGAGUUACAUCUCAUUGAAAAUAAAACCAUUUUGUUUUCAUGCAGACUGUCAGUCACAGCCAGGAAGGUGUGGUUAGGACUGCAUAAACAGAAACAAGUGAUUUAACUCCUAAAUCGCAGAUAAUUGAGCAGUGAAACUGACCUAUACACCAAAAUGGCUUAAUUAAGCCAAAGUUGUUUUGGUGACUAUAGUCCCUUUAACCUUUAUAUGGGCACACCAGUGGUUUAUCACAGUUGUAGAAUGGUUCAACAAGUAGUUCAAUACAGUCCAAAAAAGAUUUUUUUUUUAAAUAAAAAAAAACAAAAUACAUGCCCUUUCUUGAAUGACAUUGUAAAUCAGUCUCUGAAUAGUUGCUCAUUGGUAUCUGCCCUCUGUCUGUCUGCAGGAGGCCAUCAAUGAAAUGAAUGACGAGCUACAGGAGAAUGCCCGGGAAACCGAGCUGGAGUUACGGGAGCAGCUGGACAUGGCCACAGCCAGAGUGCGUGAGGCAGAGAAACGCGUGGAGGCAGCACAGGAAACUGUGGCAGAUUACCAGCAGACCAUCACAAAAUACCGAGACCUCACUGCACACCUACAGGUGAGCAAUUAGGGAAUGUGUAGCUGUACCUUAGUAAAUUCAUAUUCAGAAUAAUCUUUCAGUUCACGGAUGGACCUGCUCCUUCCUUAGAUGGAAACUAUGGAGUAUAUUUAAAAAAUAUUCUGCCAGCGUCUAUGCUUGUUCACCUGGCUUGGCCGCCAUUUCCAUUAUCCAGCAAUUCCCACUACAAACAUUUACAACACUGCCUUUUUUAACUGAUGGAAUGAAAAAGCCUGCAGUAAAAUCUUCUUAGUGAGGGAUGCUAAAGUGUGUGUGCGUUCACUGAAUGGUAUCUGUAUGUUAGUUCACAAAGGUUUACAGGUGAAAGAUUUGUUCUGACAAAUACAGUUGCAAGAAAAAGUAUGUGAACCCUUUGGAAUGAUAUGGAUUUCUGCACAAAUUGGUCAUAAAAUGUGAUCUGAUCAUCAUCUAAGUCACAACAAUAGACAAUCACAGUCUGCUUAAACUAAUGGUUUUUAUUGAACACACCAUGUAAACAUUCACAGUGCAGGUGUAAAAAGUAUGUGAACCCUUGGAUUUAAUAACUGGUUGAACCUCCUUUGGCAGCAAUAACUUCAACCAAACGUUUCCUGUAGUUGCAGAUCAGACGUGCACAACGGUCAGGAGUAAUUCUUGACCAUUCCUCUUUACAGAACUGUUCAGUUCAGCAAUAUUCUUGGUAUGUCUGGUGUGAAUAACUUUCUUGAGGUCAUGCCACAGCAUCUCAAUCGGGUUGAGGUCAGGACUCUGACUGGGCCACUUCAGAAGGCGUAUUUUCUUCUGUUUAAGCCAUUCUGUUGUUGAUUUACUUCUAUGCUUUGGGUCAUUGUCCUGUUGCAACACCCAUCUUCUGUUGAGCUUCAGCUGGUAGACAGAUGGCCUUAAGUUCUCCUGCAAAAUGUCUUGAUAAACUUGGGAAUUCAUUUUUCCUUCGAUGAUAGCAAUCCGUCCAGGCCCUGACGCAGCAAAGCAGCCCCAAACCAUGAUGCCCCACCACCAUACUUCACAGUUGGGAUGAGGUUUUGAUGUUGGUGUGCUGUGCCUUUUUUUCGCCACACAGUGUUGUGUGUUUCUUCCAAACAACUCAACUUUGGUUUCAUCUGUCCACAGAAUAUUUUGCCAGUACUGCUGUGGAACAUCCAGGUGCUCUUGUGCAAACUGUAAACGUGCAGCAAUGUUUUGUUUGGACAGCAGUGGCUUCCUCUGUGGUAUCCUCCCAUGAAAUCCAUUCUUGUUUAGUGUUUUACGUAUUGUAGAUUCGCUAACAGGGAUGUUAGCAUUUGCCAGUGACUAUUGUAAGUCUUUAGCUGACACUCUAGGAUUCUUCUUCACCUCAUUGAGCAGUCUGCGCUGUGCUCUUGCAGUCAUCUUUACAGGACGGCCACUCCUAGGGAGAGUAGCAGCAGUGCUGAACUUUCUCCAUUUAUAGACAAUUUGUCUUACCGUGGACUGAUGAACAGCAAGGCUUUUGGAGAUACUUUAUAACCCUUUCCAGCUUUAUGCAAGUCAACAAUUCUUAAUCGUAGGUCUUCUUAGAGCUCUUUUGUGCGAGGCAUCAUUCACAUCAGGCAAUGCUUCUUGUGAAAAGCAAACCCAGAACUGGUGUGUGUUUUUUAUAGGGCAGGGCAGCUGUAACCAACACCUCCAAUCUCAUCUCAUUGAUUGGACUCCAGUUGGCUGACAUCUCACUCUAAUUAGCUCUUGGAGAUGUCAUUAGUCUAGGGGUUCACAUACUUUUUCCACCUGCACUGUGAAUGUUUACAUGGUGUGUUCAAUAAAAACAUGGUAACAUUUCAUUCUUUGUGUGUUAUUAGUUUAAGCAGACUAUGAUUGUCUAUUGUUGUGACUUAGAUGAUGAUCAGAUCACAUUUUAUGACCAAUUUGUGCAGAAAUCCAUAUCAUUCCAAAGAGUUCACAUACUUUUUCUUGCAGCUGUAUAUUUUAGAUAUAUACAUUAUUUUAACAUGCAGUGUUCCUUGCAGAGUAUCUCAUUAACACCUUGAUUGGUUGCAGGAUGUGAACCGAGAGCUCCGCAGCCAGCAGGAGGCCACUGUGGAGAAGGAGCAGCAGCCUUCUCCAGAAAUGUUUGACUUCAAGAUCAAGUUUGCAGAGACAAAGGCCCAUGCAAAGGUGGGAUUUCUCCUAUACCAUUUAUCUCCCAUCUGAAGUGUAAAUCUGAGUCUGGAAGAGCUUGGGAAUGUAUAUCCAGUCGACUUCAGUCUGUCUUCUUUCUUUUCUUCAGGCCGUUGAGAUGGAGCUACGGAAGAUGGAGGUAAAUCAAGCAAACCGGCAUGUCUCCUUACUCACUUCCUUCAUGCCAGACAGCUUCCUGCGACAUGGCGGGGAUCAUGACUGUAUCUUAGUUCUUUUGCUGAUCCCUCGACUCAUUUGCAAGGUGAGUGCAAGUUUCAAUCCCAAAACAUCAUGAAAGUAAUGCAUUUGGUGUAUGAAUCAUGCCUUUGCAUUGCCACUGCUCAAUUGUCUGCCAUUUUCAAGUUAAAGGGACGCUAUAGUCACCAGAACAACUACAUAUUAUUGCAUUUGUUCUGGUUAGUAAAAUCAGUCCCUUCAGGCAUUUUGCAGUAAACACUGUUUCUCAGAGAAAAUGCAGUGUUUACAUUGCAGCCUAGUAAUAGCUCCACUGGCCACUCCGCAGAUGGCUGCUAGAGGUGCUUCCUGGGUCAGUGCUGCACAGUGUGACUGACAUUCAGUGUAUCCCCCCUCUGUAUAUAGACACUGAACUUUGCUGGCUUGUGUUGGCUGUGCCCCAUGAUCUGCCUCCUUAACAAUCUGUGCCAAUCCAAUGCUUUCCUAUGGGAAAGCAUUGGAUUGGCACAGAUCACCUCUUCUGAUGAUGUCAGCCAAGCAGGCAGAUCAUAGGCAGAGCCAGCAGAAGCAGACUGCAAAAAAUGUAAGAAUUUACUAUAUUUAGGAGGGGGGGGGGGAGGCAGCUGGGCUAAAUUUGUUUGUGUUCCUGACCUUAUUGUGUUCCUUUAAAUCACUUUUAUUUACACAGCCAUAGUCACACCUCAUGUGGCUUUGACUCACACAGUCUCCCUUAAAAAGGUUUAGUUUUUACAGAAUAUUCUCUUCCUUUGCUACUGUGAGAUUGCAGGCAGGUUUGAUCAGUUCCCUAUUCACCUGCAGAAGCCACAUGUCAAACAUGGUUUGCUAGAAUUUAAAUGUUUGUCUUGUUUACCUAUUGUACAGUGCUGCUGAAUGUGUUGGCACUAUAUAAAUAAUUGUAAUAAACUUUAAUCAUGCAUAGAAGGCUGCAGCAAGUUCUUAUAGGAAAAGUAUGAGCAAGUCCUCUUUUUCAGGAAGUGUUACAGUAGGGGAGGUGUAACUAUGACUGUGUGGAAAAGAAUUGAGACUGCAGGGACAUAAUCUCUGUACCAAAACCGCUUCCUUAAGCUAAAGUUGUUUGAUACGUUGUGUUCCUUUAAUGGUUCCAGUUGUCAUCCACACACUAUUCUGGCUAUGCAAGCCAUCAUUACUUUAUAAAAUGUCAAGUUCCACACUACUAGCGUAUAGGUACAGGCCACUGCAAGCCUGGAGUGUCCAUGGGUGAAUUUCUUACUCGACAUAUUGUAGAUUAUUGAUUAAUGAAAACCUGCAGGGUACAAACGCUAAUGCUUUCUAUAUUCUACAGGCAGAGCUGAUCAGCAAGCAGGCCCAGGAGAAGUUUGAGCUGACAGAGACCCGGGAGGAGAAGGUGGGCAUUCGAGGAGCUGUAGGGGAACAGAUGAGUUUUGCAGCUGGACUGGUGUAUUCCCUCAGCCUCCUACAAGCCACACUCCACAAAUAUGAACAGUAAGUGUUCCUACCAGUGCUGAGAAUUAUCAUCUCCUGGCUCUGACUUUCACACUGCACCUAUUACAAAAAGUAACUUACAGGGUAUUUACUGAAGGGACAAUUGUCACAAUUCAAAAUAAAUUUCACAUUUAAGGCCAGUGUAGCUAAACUGGAGGAUUUUUCCAGUUUGGCCAUUUUGAUUUUAAAUUUGAAAUUCACUGUGAUUUCCAGGCACUUUAGUGAGUAAUUCUGUCAAACACCACACAAAUCCGUAGAAUGUGAGGUUGCCUAGAAAGGCAAGGUAAGGUCGUACUGAGAGAUCCAGGAUGCUAUGAGUAAAGGACCAUAAAAAUCAUUUAAAAUGCCCUGCUCAUUCCAAAAAGUAUUAAUAUUGCAUUCAUGCUUCACUAAAUGUAUUUCUAUAAAAUGCUUUCUUUAAACAAUUUGUUCAUACAUUUUAGUCUUGUUUGCAAACUACCGUAUAUACUCGAGUAUAAGCCGAGUUUUACGGAACAUUUUUUGUGCUGAAAAACCCCAACUCUGCUUAUACUCGAGUCAAUGUCUGUAUUGUGACAAUUUAGAUUGCCACAAUACAGACCAGGACCGCCGGGCUCAUUACAAGCCCGGCGGUCCUGUUGGGGGCUGACAGUGAGCUGUUACUUACCUUCCUGCAUCUCCUGUCAGCUCCCUCCUCUUCCGUGCAGCUCCUCGGUCAGCUCCGUUCUGCUCACAGUGUAAAUCUUGCGAGAGCUGCGGGUCUUGCGAGACUUACACUGUAAACAGAACGGAGCUGACCGAGGAGCUGCACGGAGGAGGAGGGAGCUGACAGGAGCUGCAGGAAGGUAAGUAACAGCUCACUGCCAGCCCCCCCACUGAACUGCCAAUGCAACUGGACCACCAGGGAUUUAAUAUUUUAUUUUAAUAAUAAUAAAAUAUUAUUAUAUUAUUAUUAUUAUUUUAAUAUUUGCAUUAUUUUUUUUUUAAUGGUUUUUUGUCCCCCCUCCCUGCUUGUUGCCUGGCCAGGGAGGGGGGACAAAAAACAUUUAAAAAAAAAAAAAUUAUGCAAAUAUUAAAAUUAUAAUAAUAUAAAAAUAAAAUAUUUUAAUAUUAUAUUAUUUUAAUAUUAUUUUAUUAUUAUAUUAUUAUAAUAUGUUUAAUAUUUGCAUUAUUUUUUUAAAAAUGUUUUUUUGUCCCCCCUCCCUGCUUGUUGCCUGGCCAGGGAGGGGCGACAAAAAACAUUUAAAAAAAAAUAAUGCAAAUAUUAUAAUAAUAAUAUAAUAAUAAAAUAAUAUUAUUAUUUUAAUAUUAUAUUAUUUUAAUAUUAUAUUGUUUUAAUAUUUGCAUUAUUUUUUGAAAAAUGUUUUUUUGUCCCCUGUCCCUGCUUGUUGCUUGGCCAGGGAGGGGGCCACAAAACAUUUAAAAAAAAAAUAAUGCAAAAAUUAAAAUAAUAAUAAUAUAAUAAUAAAAUAAUAUUAUUAUUUUAAUAUUAUUUUAUUGUUAUAUUAUUUUAAUAUUUGCAUUAUUUUUUUUUAAAUGUUUUUUUGUCCCCUCUCCCUGACCAGGCAACAAGCAGGGAGGGGGGACAAUAAUGCAAAUAUUAAAAUAAUAAUAUUAUUAAAAUAAUAUAAUUAAAAUUAAAAAAAAUUAAAAUAAAAAUGCCCUCCCCUCAUCCAGUUUACACACACUGCACAAACACACACACACUGCAUUAUAUACACACUGCAUUAUAUACACACACACAACACACAAACACACACUCUGCAUUCAUUCUAUACACACACUGUAAAUAAAUAUUCAAUUAAUGUAAUUUUAUUGGGAUCUAAUUUAAUUUAGAAAUUUACCAGUAGCUGCUGCAUUUCCCACCCUAGGCUUAUACUCGAGUCAAUAAGGUUUCCCAUUUUUUUGUGGUAAAAUUAGGGGCCUCGGCUUAUAUUCAGGUCGUCUUAUACUCGAGUAUAUACGGUAAUUAUACUUAAAACCCCCACAAGGUGGCGCAGUCUAGGCUAAAAUACUUCAUAUCCAAUAUCUCUCCAUGUUCAGUUCUAAAUGGCAUUGAUCCACUCCAUUUAUUUGUAUUCUUUAUGUGAGGCAUUUAAAUGGGAACCGUCACUACUCUGAAAUUACUGCAUUGAAUAAAGCAUUGGAAAUGACAUUAACAUUCUAUCUCUUAAAUUUAUAUUAAAUAUUUAGCAAAUUAAAGGGAUCCUGUUUUCCUGGCACUAUAGGCUCUUGAAGUGCCCCUCUUCCUCGGGGUACCCUCCCUCAACGCUGAAGGGAUUAAAACCCCUUCAGCCACUUACCUUAAUCCAGCGCGGGGCUCCCUCGGCGCUGGUGACCUCUCCUCCCUGCCGACGUCCGCUUCCAAGUGGAGCAGAAUGCGCAUGCACGCAUGCACGUCCAGAUGCACACGCGCAUUCAAACCCGCCCAUAGGAAAGCAUUACUUAAUGCUUUCCUGUAGGGAUCUUUUUUGACGCUGGAGGUCCGGACAGCCACUAGAGGCUAGAUUAACCCUGUAGUGUAAACUUGGCAGUUUCUCUGAAACUACUAUGUUUUCAGCUGCAGGGUUAAAACUAGGGGGAACUGGCACCCAGACCACUUCAUUGAGCUGGAGUGGUCUGGGACCCUAUAAUGGUCCUUUAACAUCGUAUCCAGUUCACUCAGGCUGAAUUAAAGAGAGAGAAACAUUGUUUCAUUCAGUUUUCUCUAUGCUGACUGGAAGGUGCAAAGGGCAGAGCUAUGUCAGUGAUUGACAGGGAACUAAGAUGGAGGCGUCUACUUUCAGGACAAAAUUUAUAGAUUUUCAUCUUUUUUUUUUUUUUAUUAUUAUUUUUUUUUACACCUCACAAAUGCAUAUAUGUAAAAUAUAGGCGUGAGUAUACAUUAUAUGCUAAAAUCCCAGGGAGUGAGAGUUCACCGUUAAACCUCCGAUGAGAGAGAGAUGUUAACGGUAAUAUUCAUACAUAGCUGUGAGAUUGGCAUGUUGGCUACAUUGUGUCGUGCUAAGUGUGCAGUGAACCAGGUGAAUACUGACCUACCUUGGACAUACAGUGCAGAAGGUCUGUGCUGACAUUAAUAUGUGGAGCUCUAUAAACAAGUAAUUUUAAACCAUUGUUUAGCUUAAUGUCUGGCACUGAUAGGGUUAAAGUAGGACGAUAAUUGUGAUGUUUAUGUUUUUCUGUUAGAUUUGCUGUUUGCAUGCAAUUCCUGUUAUUAGUGUCUCUGUGCUAUGAAUGAAUGGGGGAGCGCGAGUGAUGUUGUUUUUGGCUUCCUUUCCUCUUCCUGUGGUAUUAAGAGGAGCAUGAGGUCAUCCUCCUUCCUUCAUGGCUGGAAUCCCAACACAAGACUUCAUCCGCUUACUGCAUAAUCAUACUACUCAAAUGUAAACAUAAACACAACAGGUGCAUUAUUAACGGACGUCUCUAUCAAUGUGUAGUUUUGGUUUUAUGUCCUUUAUUUUCAGAUGACCAUCCAAAACACUGUUAUCUAUUUCUUUUUUUUAUCCCCACUAACAAUUUACAAUUAUAGCCCUAGAUACUCUUGCAGAAUUUUCAUAUGAAACAGAGUUCAGAAUGCUAAAUGUCUGCAGAGAGAAAACUAAAUUUGCCUCCGUAAUCCCAAUGAUAGACCCCCACCAAAAUCCCCAGACAGGACUUCCUUCAGCCCAAGUCUAUCUGCUCAAGAGUUUGUGCCCAGACAGACGUGGCUUCUUUUUGAUACCCACUACGUACACAUAAAACACAACAUUAUGUAUGAAUUAAAUAUAUAUUUAACAAAUCACUGUUUUGCUUAUAAUGUCUACACAAGUAGUGCAACAAAAAAAGCAAUAAUCAUAACUCAAGCUGACCCUGAAAACUGUUUAGUAGAAUGCUCCCCAGGCUUAGUGAUCACUGUGAGAGCCAAUCACAGCCAUAGCUGUCUAUUUGCUCCAGUAGCCCAUCAGUCACUGUUACUGAACUCUUCAUUAUUAAAUCAACCCGCAUUUACUACGACAGCUGGCAUCAGGAUCAGGAAGUUUAUCUCAUAUUUUCACGCUUGACAGCAAAUUAUUGUAUUUUUAUUAUUUUAUUUUUUAGUUGAUUAAGAAUUGUAUUUAUUGUUUUGUGCUGCCUGUAGGUUUCAUGUCUACAUUGUUAUAUACAAGUAACUAAUGUUUCCAUUCUGGAACUUGCGAUUCCUCAUUCCCAGUCUAAGGUGUACACUGUACACACACCAUCCUCACGCCUAAGACCGGUUUGAUUCUAGCGAUGAAGAAACUCUUGUCAUGUCAAGUAUAAUGUGCCACUUUAAUCUGCAAGUGAUUUUAUCUGUACUUUGUGGCAGUCAGUUGGCAAGAACAUACACCAAUACACUCUGUAAAUAAAAUGAUUACACCACUCACCACUGCUCAGACCCACGAGGAAGCACAAUGAAAGAUCCAUGUAUGGCUCCUUAAUAACAAUCAAAACUAAAUGUUUACUAAAAUCCAAGAAAAUUACAUGCUCAUUCUCAUGCCGGUUCUUAGGAUAAUAUCACUCAAUAAGCACAUCUUUCACUGUAAUUUUUCCUGCUCUGCUGUGCUUGUUGGUCUUGUUAGUGGACUCAGCUGUCCUCGCUUUACAUCACAAAAUACCGCAGCUAAUUACUUCCUGCACAGGGAUGAGGGCCUAUCUAAAGCCUGGCAACAUGAAAUCUCCUUGUUUCACAUCUGUUCUUUACCAUUCACUGCUUGUUUUUUAUUUCAUUCAUUGCGGUUAUUGCAGACUAAUGGAGUUCGUCAGCCUAGGAAUUCUAUUUACUGCAAAAUUACUGGGGUUUCUCUUUAAUAAGUAUUAAUGUUGUUAAGGUGGUGAUUUUUUAUGAUAUAGCUUUUCGUGGAUGCAAUGUUUUAAUGUAUGUUAGGAUUCCUCUCCACACAGAUUAUAUGAGUCUAUCUGUCCCAUUGACACCUCCUUUAAGGUGUUUGUAUGUGUGUGUCUCUCCAUGAGUUAGCAGAGACACUGUAUGGGAGUAAUGUAUGUUUUAUGUGGUUCUUGUAUUCAGACUAUUAAAGCUGACUCUCUCUGCAACAGAGCUUUGAAUAAGUGCAGUGUGGAAGUGUACAAGAAGAUCGGGAUGCUAUACCCAGAGAUGAGUGUACAUGAACGCUCUCUGGAUUUCCUCAUUGAGCUUCUGCACAAGGACCAACUGGAUGAGACCGUGAACGUGGAGCCGCUGACCAAGGCUAUCAAAUAUUACCAGGUAUUGGGUACAGGCAUGAAGUAAUCUGACAUCUGUGAUCGUAAGGCUCAUCUGUUAUAAAUCUGAUAUGUCAUUUUAUUUUCUAUAUACACAUAUAUACAACCCAUGUAAAAGUUAGAGAGAGCCAUAAAUAACCAGUGCAAUGUGAGGUUAAUGCCAGUAGAAUGCUUUUGUCGCUCAUGAAAAAGGGUAUUAAAGGGACAUUCCAGGCAAUACAACGUUAAUGCGUUUGAUAGAUUUUUACUUCAUUCAUACUGUAUUUUUUUGCAUUUCAAAUCUUUGUUUUUUGCACAAAACAUUUGUUUUGCAGAAUGCUGCACCAUAAGCCUGCGUCCUAAGCCACACCUCUCAUGCCAGAUAGACUUCCUUUUUUUUUUUAUUAGCUUUAUGCAACAGGUAUAUUGUUAAAGAAGUUAGUCGGACCAUGCGGAUCGCAGUUCGGCAGACAUGGAACAUUUACGUCAGCAGGACAUAAACAAAAACAUUGUUGGCAUAGAAUUGUGGCAAAUAAAACCGUAUGGUGCAGGGCUGCUAGUUGUGCCCUGGGGUGGCCACUAUGUCGAAAGUGUUACGAUGUAGUGGACUAUAAUGAUUAGGUGCGGACUCAUUAAGCUAGGGGCCUCUGUUGCAAGAGUCAGGCAAUAAAGUCCAUGGCUUAACAUAGUAUUGUCCUCUGCCUUGAGGUUGGGUUUCUCCCUGUCAGGGUCUCAGUUGCCCAGGAAGCUUGGUUAGUGUCUUUAUGGCGCUUCCCCCUGGUUGUCAACUUGUCUUUCUGGGUGUUGUCAGCUGUUGUGGGUUUCGGGGUUGAUCCCCAGUUUGUCCCAAAGUGUUUGCGGGUCUUGUUCUGACGUGAGGGCAUGUAGUUGGUCUCCACUUGGGACUAGUAAGGCUCCAUCAGUACUCCAUCUGUAGCGCACCUCUCGAUCUCUCAGUUGUUUGGUGACUGGUGCCAGUUGUGACUGGUGCGGUAUGUCUCCAUAUAUUGUUACAAACUUGACCUUGCCCAUCUCCCGGGAGCGGGCUAUAAUUGCGGAGUAAACCGCUAUGUCCUUUGUCACAAUUAUGGCGUCUCUUGGUGCGUCAGUCGGUGCUGAAGCUACCUUUUGGAUGCAGAAAGCCGCCAAGAGCAUGGAUGGGUCAUUUCUGUUUUUAAGCCCUGUGAAUAUGAAGAGCCUCUGGGCAUAUGGUAGGAGCUCCUCCCCACCAACCUCUUGGGAGAUCCCUCCCAGUCUGACAUUCCGGCACUCUGGUUGGGGGCAGCUCUGUUGGCGGUCGACGGCCGGUUAUUCUCUGUUAUUUGUUAAGUUUUAGUCUCCUUCCUGCCGGAGCUCCAGCAGCACACGCCUAUCCAGUUACUCAGUCAGCCACGCCCCCUCAAGACUUAUUAAAAGUAUGGUGCACUUCAUGUGCUUCACACCCCUAACCGCUGCUUUUAAUUUACAACCUGGCUGCAGACAGUCAAAGAAACCCCAAACAGGUAGGGAUAUCAAGUAAGUCUCCCUGGGUGUUAUCUCGUUCUGAUGCAGUUAGUUUGGUAGGUUAGAUCAUUCAGCUCUGUGCAUAUAUUUGAUAAGGAAGGUUUGGGCACCUGUUUAGAUUAUGUAAUGGAACUAGUAAUAGUAUGAGGCGUGCUGCACAACUAAUUAGUCAAAUGGAAUAUUUUCUUUAUGAAGAAAGGUUUAAAACCAUGAACUUGUUUACUUUUUAAUAAAGGCAACUCCUAAGUCCCAUGGCACUAUUAUAUAUGGCCAUUAUUAACAUCUCUUUAGCAACCUGCUCAUUAAAAGGGUGGUACAAAGAACCGCAGGUCACUGAUUUAGACUUGAAAAGAUGAUAUUUCAUCUAUGACCGAAGAAAACGUUCUUAACAGUAAAAAGACUUGGAAUUCUCUGCCUAGAGAGGUUAUCCUAUUCUGUACAGGUUGCUAAACAGUGUCUGGAUACUUUUUGAGGAAAACAGAAUAUUCAAGGACAUAGUUAAUGAGGACUAAACGCUUGUUAUUCAGAGUAGAGAUUCACUUUGGAGACUAUAAGUAAUUUCCCCCCAGUUUUAUAAAAUUGUAAAGCAAUUAUUUUUAUUAUUUUGCCUUCUUUAUACAUGUACAUGCAGUUAUAUAUGUUUAUACAUGUAUGUGAAAAGGACUUUGUCAUAUGAUGCUUUCUUUUUGUUACUUAGCACUUAUACAGUAUCCACCUGGAGGAGCAGACAGAGGACUGCACCAUGCAGCUCUUCGACCACAUCAAGGUAGCAUAGACCUUGUCCACCAAAUUCCACUGAUUCUUUCUUUGUAGUGGUUGUAGUUACUGACCUUCAUUCUCUCCACAGUUUACACAGAGUGCCCUGGACUGUAUAGGGGUGGAAGUGAGCCGGCUGCGUGCCUUCCUGCAUGUAAGUUAUUGUAUUGUAGGUUAAAUACUUUACAAACCUUGCCCUGGUACAUGGGAGCACACACAGUUAGCAAUGCAGCCAUAUAUAUUCAGCAGGGUGUGUUUUGCAGAUCAGAGGAACAUGGACUGACUGCACGUUAUCCUCCCCCAAGUUGUGGAUGACACAUGCCAAAUAUCAACUACUUGUUAAAAGCUAGAUUUUCAAGCUAUAUUGUGCUGCGAGAUUUAAGUACAGCAGAAUCUGUCAUGUAAAGGAGUGCAUUGUUUUUGUGUAAUAAUGCUGGGGAUUAUAUGUUAAUGCCAACUUACAUAGAGGCAUGUUACAAUGAUGAUUUGUCUCUUUCAGACCGGUCAAGAAGCAUCAGAUCUGGCAAUCCUCCUAAAGGAUCUAGAGACAUCAUGUAGUGACAUCCGUCAGUUCUGCAAGAAGAUCAGACGCCGAAUGCCUGGCACAGAGGCUGCAGGGAUACCAGCUGCUCUUAGCUUUGGAUCACAGGUGGGAGGGGCCUGAUUUUUGGGAUCCAGGGAUUAGUGUGCGUGUCGCCUAGAUUUAAUAUGGGAUACUUUCAAAUCCAGGUCUCCGAGACAUUGCUGGAGUGUCGCAAGCAUCUGAAGUGUGUGGUGGCGGUGUUCCAGGAAGUAGCAGCUGCUGGGGCACAGAUGCUCGCUCCUCUAGGGGAAAAUGAGGGUCUACAAGCUUUGAAACUGGAGGAUGUAGCCUUCAAGGCAUCAGAGCAGGUAACAUAUUAGUGGUUUGAGCACUGAAUAAUAGACAUGGUAUGGUAAUAUAAAUCUUGAUAUGGAGUGAUACAUAAAAGAGAAAAAAAACAUAAAACAAAUCUAGUGCAGAUAGUAUUUGCAAUAUACUAGAUGCAAAAUAAAUAAAGUUAGAGACACACACAAUCUUCAGAGCCUGAGCAUAAUGACUGCUGUGCUGUUAUAGGUAGCGCUCCACCCACUGAUUAAAGGGUUUAUCCUGUUAAUCAUUUUUCUCAAUGUAUUUAUGGUGAGGGAAGAAAGGUAUCCCCUCAUGGGUGUUUGAGAGCAGCUAUUCACACAUUGAUUUUGAAGCGCUACUUACUGUUCACACUGAGCUCACUUAUGAGUUACUUCUGCUUCAGGUAACGUAUUAAACUGUACAGAUCGCUUGUGGAAAUGAGGAGAGGUCAUUUUACUAAUCAAACACACAAAGUGUGAGGUGGCAUUGUGAGUUUUACUAGCAUUCACUGUAUGUGUUGACCUGGUGUAAUUGGUCGCUUGAAAAAUCAUAUCUCUGCUUAGUCAAGAGUUUAUAAUGCAUUGCUUGCUUUAUUUAUUUAUUUAAAAUUCAGAUUAAAGAUUGUUUUAUGUUGGAUAUUUACAAAUGCCCUCAUAUUCCUGGAUUAGGGACAUGUGAGUGUUGGCCAAAUGGAAGGAAGUUAUAUUUUCAUGAUAAUUCUGACAUUGUAUUGUUCAUAGACCCAUAUAUACUGAUAAUUCGACACUGAACACCAGCUACUUGUGUCGGUGCUCUAAUUGCGAAAAACCAGUUAAAGUACCAAAAAAGAGACUCCAGGGGUCUCAAGGGGCUUAACCCCGGGAAUAGAAAAAAAUAUAUAGAGAAAACCACAAUGCUUAUCACAAUCUCCAAGAAAAUUGGGACUCGCUGUGUAUCCUGGAGAUAUAUAGUAGCCUAAACGAAAAUACUUAAAUAAUAUUUGGAUAUCCCUAAAAGGUGAGGGUUAUACAAUAAAAAUAAAGUGCCUAUAUGCUCCACAAUAUAUGGAAAAUAUAUAGAUAUUGGAUUAUAUCAAGUAUCCACUAUGAGCUUUAAUAUAUCUGGCUCAGUGGGUAACCACAAUGCUAUCUAUAUAAAAUAUAAUAUAUUAGCCAAAGGACAAAUAGAAACAGAAUACUCUAAAGUGCUACCUCUAAUUAGUCAUUCCCCCUCCCCCCCCUAGUCACCUUGUGGGGGGGUGGGGGGAAUUGACUUAGGGCCCCCAUCCGCCACCCAGGGGUGGGGGCUGGGGGGGAGGACAGUAGGUGUCCGCCCCUCAUUAUCUUUACGGCCCCACCCCAGGACAGUAGGUGUCCCCUCAUUAUCGUUGACAGUGCCGCUUUAAAGCUCAUAGUGGAUACUUGAUAUAAUCCAAUAUCUAUAUAUUUUCCAUAUAUUGUGGAGCAUUUAGGCACUUUAUUUUUAUUGUAUAACCCUCCCCUUUUAGGGAUAUCCUAAUUUAAGUAUUUUCAUUUAGACUAAUGUAUAUCUCCAGGAUACACAGCGAGUCACAAUUUUCUUGGAGAUUGUGAUAAGCAUUGUGUUUUUCUCUAUAUAUUUUAUUGUAUGGUUCAUGAAUGAAGGUAUAAUAGAUCUUUUUCACCUGUCAUGCCUAAAACUACCUUUACUCUUUUAAAAAGCGCAUAAAAUGUAAUCUACACUGAGUGCAGCUGUGUUUCUAGCUACUGUAUGGAGUGAGAAACAAAAACAUUAAACAUGGGUUUUUCUCCCAGCUGUCAAUCAAUUCUUCAGCAUUUACUCUGUUAUACCAUUGUGUAUCAGUUAGCCAGAAAGAUUUAAUGACUGCAAACUUGUUUCUAGAUGUGAAUCUAUUCUAAGAUUGUUUACCUCCUUUUCAGAUAUACGGUUCACAGGGCAGUAACCCAUAUGAGUGCCUUCGCCAGUCCUGCAACAUCUUGAUUGCCACCAUGAAUAAGAUGGCCACAGCCAUGCAGGAAGGGGAGUAUGAUGCAGAGAAACCUCAAAGCAAGGUGGGUGUUUUGUACAUUGACACCACUGUUAUGCUGUGUCUUGACUCCAUAUGUACAUCACUGUUAUGUACUAAUCCAAGCCUUUCUUCCCAUCAGUCACCUCCUCCGGUGGAGCAGAGAGCGACUGCCCUGCGAGCAGAGAUUACAGAUGCAGAGGGACUUGGUUUGAAACUGGAGGACAGAGAGACGGUGAUCAAGGAGUUAAAGAAAUCGCUGAAGUUCAAGGUGAGUCAAAGUGUUAAAGCUGUAAAUUACUGUCGAUUGGUGCAGUUGUCUUGCAUUUUGAGAAAGGUUGAUGUCUUAGUGUCAUUUUCAGAGUUUUGCUGUCCUCGCAUGUCACACUUAUUUUGUUUGUUGACAAACCUGAUGGUUAUAGAUCAAAAUAGCUAACUCCUACUAACAGAGGGAAAACCUCAGACUAACAGAGGGAAACAGAUGACCAGCUGUUAUAAACUCCAUGCUAAUAACAGCUGGUUGUCAGGAUUGAAAAAAAAAAAAAAGAAUCAUUUUCUGCUUUGAGACGAAAUGUAUUUUACUCUGUGGUGAUAGGAACUCUGUACAUUAGGAUAUCUGGGUAGUGCAGUGGCCACUGGUAUUAAAGAGAAUAAAAUGUUGGAAGAAACUGAUUCAUUGUAUUUAGUUACAAAUUUUUCCCAAAUAGGGCUAAGGAUUUGUAAUUGCAUUUCACAUAUAUCAACAGAAAGUUUCCAGUUGUCUCAAUGUCAAAAGACGGACAUCUAGAACCUGUAACAGAAGGUGCUACAUGGAUGUGAUUUUUAAAUGAGGCUUCAUUAUUUGUUGGCCUGUCUCAUGACUUUAAAGUUACACUAUAGGGUCAGGAACACAAAUAUGUAUUCCUGACCCUAUAGUGUUAGACCCACUAUUUAGGUGGCUUUCCCCCCCUCAGCCUCUUUAAAAGAAAUGGAAACUCACCUUAUUUCCAGCGCCACCGCUGGUCCCACCCCGAUCCGCCUAUUUAAUGACAAGCAUUGGAUUGGCUAAAAUCGUCAAGGAGGCGGGAUGGGGGCGGGGGCAAACGCUGUUUUGGCCAGUCAGCACUUCUUCAUAGAGAUACAUUGAACCAAUGUAUGUCUAUGAGGAAAAUUCAGCGUCCCCAUGCAGAGCGUGGAGACGCCGAACGGCAGUGCUGCCUACUGUGCAGCACUGAGCCAGGAAGCACCUCCAGUAGCCAUCUGAGGAGUUGCCACUUAAAGGUACCUGAAGGCAAUGAUUAUACUCACCAGAACAACUACAUUAGGCUGUAGUUGUUGUGGUGACUCUAGUGUCCCCUUAAUAAUCAUGUGUUAUAAAAAGGAUAUGUAAUGCAUACUAUAAUGCCAUAAUCUGGCAUAAACAUUCUGAAGCUGGAGGCAAUAUUCUGUUCUGUAGUCAUGUACCUGAUUUGAUCCAUCUAUUCUCUCCAGCUGUAGUAAGUUGCCAAAUGCUUAUUGACAUUGAUGAAUAUGGCAUUCUAAUUAUCACUGUCUGCAUUACUGACUGGAAGGGUCUAAGUCAUGGGAAGCAUUCUGUAUCUUGGGUACAAAAUUCAUUAAGAUUCAUCUAAAUGGUAUACCUGCCUCUCUUUCUGACGGGACAUGGGAAACCAGAGCUAAUGGGAUCUGUCACUUGUGUUUAGGGCGAGGAACUGAGCGAGGCCAAUGUUCGUUUAAGCCUCCUGGAAAAGAAGCUGGACAGUGCCUCCAAAGAAGCAGAUGACCGGGUGGAGAAGAUCCAGACCAAGCUAGAAGACACCCAGACACUACUGAAGAAGAAGGAAAAGUACGUUUUGAGAGAUGUGAUGGUCUUAUAUUGUUAUGUAGAUCCCUGCCAAGAUGUCCCAACAUUUUCCAAACUUGCUUUUCUUCCCAAUGUCCCUACUCCAAAUAUUUUACACAUCUCUAGUAAUGAAUGAAUUGUUAAUGCCAUCAGCUGUGGAUUAACUACUCUGAACUGCACCUUCCUGUUAUACUCCGCGAUAACCUAAAUCUGCUCUGUGUGUUAAACACUACUUUAAUGGUGCAUUGUUUGCUGUCUUCAGAGAAUUUGAAGAGACCAUGGAUGCCCUACAGGCUGAUAUUGAUCAGUUAGAAUCUGAGAAAGCAGAACUUCGUCAGCGGCUAAACAACCAGUCGAAGAGGACCAUUGAAGGGCUACGAGGAGCUCCUGCUUCUGGUGUGGCAUCUAUUGUAUCUGGGAUUGCAGGAGGUGAGUGUGAUAAACUCAUACUAUUUUCUCACUUGUAGAUUACUUGGGAUCCAUAUUGCAUACGAAUCUCUCAGUGAAUGUACUGCACACCAAUGAACGUUUUACACUGCUUCCAGCGAGGAAACACAUCACGUUUGCAGGGCUUCCUGCAGUGAGUUUAGUGGCCUAUUGCAGAUCAGUUGAGAGCAUCAAUCAGUUUAACUUUAGUCUGAGCAUCAAUUAAACAUGAAUUGUUUUCUCAAAUUAGCUAUAGAAAAGUGUCCCCAUUUUACGUUUGUAAGAAUUUUUGCAAUAAAAUACUGUCAUGCUGAAUUUCUAUUUCUUCUCUUAACUCUAAUCUGUAUCUUUCCAACUCCUCAUCAAUCAGAGGAAGAGCAGAGAGGUACAGUAACACAUCAACCACAGCUACCCAUCAUUCCUAACUGCACCACAACCCUGUCUAAACCUAUAUCAUCUAGGGAGAAAAUUUACUGUUCUCUGUUGUAUUCUGUUUAUCUGUCUUUAUAUGGACGAAAACCAUCUGGGCCCUGUUAGUCCUAGGCUGUCAUGUGAUUCAUUCAGUAAACUCAUUCCCACAUGAAGAAUAUAAUCAUAUACAGUAAAGCAGUGUCAAGCAAAAGCUAUUUUAUAACUUUUACACAAUUAGGUUAAUAAAAAAAACCUUCAUCCAAAAAUAUUUUCGUUCUUUGAUGGUUAGUUUAGAGAAAAAUCUACCGUUAUCAUUGGCGGUGUGUGGGGGCUUUAAAUAUAAUAACAAGAGAGGGACCGAUUGCUUCCACCAUUGGCGGUGUGUGAGAGCUCUAAAUAUAAUAUCAAGGGAGGGACCAAUUGCUUCAAGCAUUGGCGGUGUGAGAGAGCUCUAAAUAUAAUAACAAGGAAGGGACCGAUUGCUUCCACCAUUGGCGGUGUGUGAGAGCUCUAAAUAUAAUAAGGGAGGGACCGAUUGCUUCCAGCAUUGGCGGUGUGUGAGAGCUCUAAAUAUAAUAACAAGGGAGGGACCAAUUACUUCCACCAUUGGCUGUGUGAGAGAGCUAUAAAUAUAAUAACAAGGAAGGGACCGAUUGCUUCCACCAUUGGCGGUGGGUGAGAGCUCUAAAUAUAAUAAUAAGGGAGGGGACAGAUUGCUGCCACCAUUGGCGGUGGGUGAGAGCUCUAAAUAUAAAAACAAGAGAGGGACCGAUUGCUUCCACCAAUGACGGUGGGUGAGAGCUCUAAAUAUAAUAAGGGAGGGGACAGAUUGCUUCCACCAUUGGCUGUGUGAGAGAGCUCUAAAUAUAAUAACAAGGGAGGGACCGAUUGCUUCCACCAUUGGCGGUGUGUGAGAGCUCUAAAUAUAAAAACAAGAGAGGGACCGAUUGCUUCCACCAUUGGCUGUGUGAGAGCUCUAAAUAUAAUAACAAGGGAGGGGACCGAUUGCUUCCACCAUUGGCGGUGGGUGAGAGCACUAAAUAUAAUAACAAGGGAGGGGACAGAUUGCUUCCACCAAUGACGGUGGGUGAGAGCUCUAAAUAUAAUAAGGGAGGGGACAGAUUGCUUCCACCAUUGGCUGUGUGUGAGAGCUCUAAAUAUAAUGACAAAGGAGGGACCAAUUACUUCCAUCAUUGGCGGUGUGUGAGAGCUCUAAAUAUAAUAACAAGGGAGGGGACAGAUUGCUUCCACCAUUGGCGGUGUGUGAGAGCUCUAAAUAUAAUAACAAGGGAGGGGACAGAUUGCUUCCACCAUUGGCAGUGUGUGAGAGCUCUAAAUAUAAUAACAAGGGAGGGGACAGAUUGCUUCCACCAUUGGCGGUGUGUGAGAGCUCUAACUAUAAUAACAAGGGAGGGACCGAUUACUUCCACCAUUGGCGGUGUGUGAGAGCUCUAAAUAUAAUAACAAGGGAGGGACCGAUUGCUUCCACCAUUGGCGGUGUGUGAGAGCUCUAAAUAUAAUAAGGGAGGGACCGAUUACUUCCACCAUUGGCUGUGUGAGAGCUCUAAAUAUAAUAAGGGAGGGACCGAUUACUUCCACCAUUGGCGGUGUGUGAGAGCUCUAAAUAUAAUAACAAGGAAGGGACCGAUUGCUUCCACCAUUGGCGGUGGGUGAGAGCUCUAAAUAUAAUAACAAGGGAGGGGACAGAUUGCUUCCACCAUUGGCUGUGUGAGAGAGCUCUAAAUAUAAUAACAAAGGAGGGACCAAUUACUUCCAUCAUUGGCGGUGUGUGAGAGCUCUAAAUAUAAUAACAAGGGAGGGGACAGAUUGCUUCCACCAUUGGCGGUGUGUGAGAGCUCUAAAUAUAAUAACAAGGGAGGGGACAGAUUGCUUCCACCAUUGGCGGUGUGUGAGAGCUCUAAAUAUAAUAACAAGGGAGGGGACAGAUUGCUUCCACCAUUGGCGGUGUGUGAGAGCUCUAAAUAUAAUAACAAGUGAGGGACCGAUUACUUCCACCAUUGGCGGUGGGUGAGAGCUCUAAAUAUAAUAACAAGGGAGGGGACAGAUUGCUUCCACCAUUGGCGGUGUGUGAGAGCUCUAAAUAUAAUAAGGGAGGGACCGAUUGCUUCCAGCAUUGGCGGUGUGUGAGAGCUCUAAAUAUAAUAACAAGGGAGGGACCAAUUACUUCCACCAUUGGCUGUGUGAGAGAGCUAUAAAUAUAAUAACAAGGAAGGGACCGAUUGCUUCCACCCUUGGCGGUGGGUGAGAGCUCUAAAUAUAAUAAUAAGGGAGGGGACAGAUUGCUUCCACCAAUGACGGUGGGUGAGAGCUCUAAAUAUAAUAAGGGAGGGGACAGAUUGCUUCCACCAUUGGCUGUGUGAGAGAGCUCUAAAUAUAAUAACAAAGGACAGAUUGCUGCCACCAUUGGCGGUGGGUGAGAGCUCUAAAUAUAAAAACAAGAGAGGGACCGAUUGCUUCCACCAAUGACGGUGGGUGAGAGCUCUAAAUAUAAUAAGGGAGGGGACAGAUUGCUUCCACCAUUGGCUGUGUGAGAGAGCUCUAAAUAUAAUAACAAAGGAGGGACCGAUUGCUUCCACCAUUGGCGGUGUGUGAGAGCUCUAAAUAUAAAAACAAGAGAGGGACCGAUUGCUUCCACCAUUGGCUGUGUGAGAGCUCUAAAUAUAAUAACAAGGAAGGGACCGAUUGCUUCCACCAUUGGCGGUGGGUGAGAGCUCUAAAUAUAAUAACAAGGGAGGGACCAAUUACUUCCACCAUUGGCGGUGGGUGAGAGCUCUAAAUAUAAUAAGGGAGGGACCGAUUGCUUCCAGCAUUGGCGGUGUGUGAGAGCUCUAAAUAUAAUAACAAGGGAGGGACCGAUUACUUCCACCAUUGGCGGUGGGUGAGAGCUCUAAAUAUAAUAAGGGAGGGACAGAUUGCUUCCAGCAUUGGCGGUGUGUGAGAGCUCUAAAUAUAAUAACAAGGGAGGGACCAAUUACUUCCACCAUUGGCUGUGUGAGAGAUCUCUAAAUAUAAUAACAAGGAAGGGACCGAUUGCUUCCACCAUUGGCGGUGGGUGAGAGCUCUAAAUAUAAUAACAAGGGAGGGGACAGAUUGCUUCCACCAUUGGCGGUGGGUGAGAGCUCUAAAUAUAAUAACAAGGGAGGGGACAGAUUGCUUCCACCAUUGGCGGUGUGUGAGAGCUCUAAAUAUAAAAACAAGAGAGGGACCGAUUGCUUCCACCAAUGACGGUGGGUGAGAGCUCUAAAUAUAAUAACAAGGGAGGGGACAGAUUACUUCCAUCAUUGGCUGUGUGAGAGAGCUCUAAAUAUAAUAACAAGGGAGGGACCGAUUGCUUCCACCAUUGGCGGUGUGUGAGAGCUCUAAAUAUAAUAACAAGGGAGGGACCGAUUGCUUCCACCAUUGGCGGUGGGUGAGAGCUCUAAAUAUAAUAACAAGGGAGGGACAGAUUGCUUCCACCAUUGGCUGUGUGAGAGAGCUCUAAAUAUAAUAACAAGGGAGGGGACAGAUUGCUUCCACCAUUGGCGGUGGGUGAGCGCUCUAAAUAAAUAACAAGGGAGGGGACAGAUUGCUUCCACCAUUGGCGGUGGGUGAGAGCUCUAAAUAUAAUAACAAGGGAGGGGACAGAUUGCUUCCACCAUUGGCGGUGUGUGAGAGCUCUAAAUAUAAUAACAAGGGAGGGACCAAUUACUUCCAUCAUUGGCGGUGUGUGAGAGCUCUAAAUAUAAUAAGGGAGGGACCGAUUACUUCCACCAUUGGCUGUGUGAGAGAGCUCUAAAUAUAAUAACAGGAAGGACGAUUGCUUCCACCAUUGGCGGUGGGUGAGAGCUCUAAAUAUAAUAACAAGGGAGGGGACAGAUUGCUUCCACCAUUGGCGGUGUGUGAGAGCUCUAAAUAUAAUAACAAGGAAGGGACCGAUUGCUUCCAGCAUUGGCGGUGUGUGAGAGCUCUAAAUAUAAUAACAAAGGAGGGGACCAAUUGCUUCCACCAAUGACGGUGGGUGAGAGCUCUAAAUAUAAUAAGGGAGGGGACCGAUUGCUUCCAGCAUUGGCGGUGUGUGAGAGCUCUAAAUAUAAUAACAAAGGAGGGGACCAAUUGCUUCCACCAAUGACGGUGGGUGAGAGCUCUAAAUAUAAUAAGGGAGGGGACAGAUUGCUUCCACCAUUGGCGGUGUGUGAGAGCUCUAAAUAUAAUAACAAGGGAGGGACCAAUUACUUCCACCAUUGGCGGUGUGUGAGAGCUCUAAAUAUAAUAACAAGGGAGGGACCGAUUACUUCCACCAAUGACGGUGGGUGAGAGCUCUAAAUAUAAUAACAAGGGAGGGACCGAUUGCUUCCACCAUUGGCGGUGUGUGAGAGAGCUCUAAAUAUAAUAACAAGGGAGGGACCAAUUGCUUCCACCAUUGGCGGUGUGUGAGAGCUCUAAAUAUAAUAACAAGGGAGGGGACAGAUUGCUUCCACCAUUGGCUGUGUGAGAGAGCUGUGUGAGAGAUCUCUAAAUAUAAAAACAAGGGAGGGGACAGAUUGCUUCCACCAAUGACUGUGGGUGAGAGCUCUAAAUAUAAUAAGGGAGGGGACAGAUUGCUUCCACCACUGGCGGUGUGUGAGAGCUCUAAAUAUAAUAACAAAGGAGGGACCAAUUACUUCCAUCAUUGGCGGUGUGUGAGAGCUCUAAAUAUAAUAACAAAGGAGGGACCAAUUACUUCCAUCAUUGGCGGUGUGUGAGAGCUCUAAAUAUAAUAACAAAGGAGGGACCAAUUACUUCCAUCAUUGGCGGUGUGUGAGAGCUCUAAAUAUAAUAACAAAGGAGGGACCAAUUACUUCCAUCAUUGGCGGUGUGUGAGAGCUCUAAAUAUAAUAACAAAGGAGGGACCAAUUACUUCCAUCAUUGGCGGUGUGUGAGAGCUCUAAAUAUAAUAACAAAGGAGGGACCAAUUACUUCCAUCAUUGGCGGUGUGUGAGAGCUCUAAAUAUAAUAACAAGGGAGGGACCGAUUGCUUCCACCAUUGGCGGUGUGUGAGAGCUCUAAAUAUAAUAACAAGGGAGGGGACAGAUUGCUUCCACCAUUGGCUGCGUAUGGGGGCUUUAAAUAUAAUAAUAAGGGAGGGACCGAUUGCUUCCACCAUUGGCUGUGUGAGAGAGCUCUAAAUAUAAUAACAAGGAAGGGACCGAUUGCUUCCACCAUUGGUGGUGUGUGAGAGCUCUAAAUAUAAUAAAAAGGGAGGGACCAAUUACUUCCAUCCUUGGCGGUGUGUGGGGGCUCUAAAUAUAAUAACAAGGGAGGGAACGAUUGCUUCAACCUUGGGCGGUGUGUGAGCGCUCUAAAUAUAAUAAUAAGGGAGGCACCGAUUGCUUCCACCUUUGGCGGUGUGUGAGGGCUCUAAAUAUAAUAACAAGGGAGGGACCGAUUUGCUUCCACCAUUGGCGGUGGGUGAGGGCUCUAAAUAUAAUAACAAGGGAGGGACCGAUUGCUUCCACCAUUGGCAGUGGGUGAGGGCUCUAAGUAUAAUAACAAAGGAGGGACCAAUUGCUUCCACUAUUGGCGGUGUGUGAGGGCUCUAAAUAUAAUAACAAGGGAGGGACCGAUUUGCUUCCACCAUUGGCGGUGGGUGAGGGCUCUAAAUAUAAUAACAAGGGAGGGACCGAUUGCUUCCACCAUUGGCAGUGGGUGAGGGCUCUAAGUAUAAUAACAAAGGAGGGACCAAUUGCUUCCACUAUUGGCGGUGUGUGGGGACUCUAAAUAUAAUAACAAAGGAGGGACCAAUUACUUCCACCUUUGGCGGUGUGUGGGGGCUCUAAAUAUAAUAACAAGGGAGGGACCGAUUGCUUCCACCUUUGGCGGUAUGUGAGGGCUCUAAAUAUAAUCACAAGGGAGGGACCGAUUGCUCCCACCAUUGGCCGUGUGUGAGGGCUCUAAAUAUAAUAACAAGGGAGGGACCGAUUGCUUCCACCAUUGGCGGUGGGUGAGGGCUCUAAAUAUAAUAACAAGGGAGAGACCGAUUGCUUCCACCAUUGGCGGUGUGUGGGGGCCCUAAAUAUAAUAACAAGGGAGGGACCGAUUGCUUCCACCAUUGGCAGUGUGUGGGGGUUAUAAAUAUAAUAAUAAGGGGGUAGGAUCUAUCGUACCCCCAAGCACCCACCUAUUAGCAGCUCUACUAAUGGGAAGAGAGAACUAUUUUCCAACCAUUUCCACACCCUAUAGCAGAUGGGUGAGGACUAAUCGUAAAAUUAGUCCUCAAUGAACCUAGUAGCAAGAAGUCCCCAUGCCCCUAGCCACGAUCUGUAAUAAAAAUACCCUACCUACCUUACCUUGCCCUAAUAAUAGUAAGAGGGGGCAACAACUAAAUUAUUUUAUUACACUUGCCAUCAGAUGCCUUCUUAAAACUUCUUGUGUUCAUCCCCAAAAAAGGCUCCCUUAUCUUGAGACUUGCCGGGGAGCCUGCCUAAUGCUUGGUAGCCUCCCUAAUCAAAUUACAAGUAGGGAGUUGGUUGUUUCCCACCUUGUAAUUAAACAAACUAAAAACCGAAUUGCAUGACAGUCCGUUCGUCUUUUAUUUUGCAUUCGCUCAUUCAUCUAUCUGAAUAAUGUCCGAAAUGCCUGAAUUUCAGUUGAAUUUGUAUGAACUUUUUACCGAGUCUAACAGAGCAGCAGUUUAAUAUUGCUGCAGACAUCAUCAGAAUUACUGUUUGUAAAGUGUAAACACAGCACUUCAGACAAUGUUUUAGAAUAACCUGCUAUAUUAUACAUGGCACCAUGGCAUUAGUCUAAAAUAAGUAAGGAUACACACCUUCUUUCCUGAUUUUCUCUGCAUGUGGGAUCCCCAGAUGUGUCUCUCUAGGAGUACUGGCAGUGGUCCCCCCCACCACCUUCCCAGGGAUAUCCUAUCCUUGACUUGUAUGUUUCUUCUAGAUAAAGUAGAUUUGAAAGAAAGCUGGUUACUUUAUUGUAACAUGUAUGUUUUUUCUCCCUAUGUACGUUUGUCUAAUUGUCUAAUGCUGUCUUAAAGGCAACCUUAAAAAAGAAAAGAACCAUGGCUCCUUCCAGUAACCAGCUUUAUCUAAAUUUAAUGCAGCUGCCCUUUAUCCUUCAGAUAUGUUGAUUUAAGGAGUCACUACAUGUUUUAUUAGGUCACACAGUACGAGGUGUCUGCAUGUACAUUAUUAUUAUUAUUAUUAAAGUUAUUAAAGGGCCACAGUGUUAUUUUGUCCAGAUUUGUCAUGCUUCCUGCAUGCAGAAACCUUCAUGUAUUUCUGCCUGUCUUAAAGGGGGGAUGUGCAUGUCAAUAGGUUCUGUUUGCAUUGUUGCCACAUUCCCACCCAUCUUCUUAUUUCUCCAGGAGUCUCCUCCAACCAAGGUUUACUCAAUGGAUCUGGACCUGUGCAGAUCAAGGACUCUCCAUUACUGCUGCAGCAAAUUGAAGCCAUGCGGCUCUCAAUAACUCAUCUAAAGCACGAGAACAACAGACUGAAGGUGACUGAUAGUAUGCAUGGUCUUCCGCGCCUCAUACACCUAUCCCAAAUUACCUAAACCAUAUGAGCAGACUGAAGGUGACUGAUCUUAUACAUAGUCCUCAGCAUGUCAUAUACCUAUCCCAAAUUACCUAAACCAUGUGAGCAGACUGAAGGUGUCUGAUAUUAUACAUAGUCCUCAGCAUGUCAUACACCUAUCCCAAAUUACCUAAACCAUGUGAGCAGACUGAAUGUGACUGAUCUUAUACAUAGUCCUCAGCAUGUCAUACACUUAUCCCAAAUUACCUAAACCAUGUGAGCAGACUGAAUGUGGCUGAUCUUAUACAUAGUCCUCAGCAUGUCAUAUACCUAUCCCAAAUUACCUAAACCAUGUGAGCAGACUGAAGAUGGCUGAUCUUAUACAUAGUCCUCAGCAUGUCAUAUACCUAUCCCAAAUUACCUAAACCAUGUGAGCAGACUGAAGAUGGCUGAUCUUAUACAUAGUCCUCAGCAUGUCAUAUAUCUAUCCCAAAUUACCUAAACCAUGUGAGCAGACUGAAGAUGGCCGAUCUUAUACAUAGUCCUCAGCAUGUCAUAUACCUAUCCCAAAUUACCUAAACCAUGUGAGCAGACUGAAGAGGGCCGAUCUUAUACAUAGUCCUCAGCAUGUCAUAUACCUAUCCCAAAUUACCUAAACCAUGUGAGCAGACUGAAGGUGACUGAUCUUAUACAUAGUCCUCAGCAUGUCAGAUACCUAUCCCAAAUUACCUAAACCAUGUGAGCAGACUGAAGGUGACUGAUCUUAUACAUAGUCCUCAGCAUGUCAGAUACCUAUCCCAAAUUACCUAAACCAUGUGAGCAGACUGAAGGUGACUGAUCUUAUACAUAGUCCUCAGCAUGUCAGAUACCUAUCCCAAAUUACCUAAACCAUGUGAGCAGACUGAAGGUGUCUGAUCUUAUACAUAGUCCUCAGCAUGUCAUACACCUAUCCCAAAUUACCUAACCAUGUGAGCAGACUGAAGAUGACUGAUCGACAGACUAAGUACACAUUGUGGUAGAACCUUGCUAUUCAGUAAUGAAGCUAUUAGCUUCCCCAGUUAAAUAGUCUUCCCAUUGUUUUAGCAGUGACAGCAAAGCUCACCAUAGACACUGUUCAAAUCAAAACACUCCUUGGGCCAUUUGUUUAAAUGGCUUUAAGCUUGAACCUAGCAAUGUUGCUGAUUAUCUUUACUGACAGACAUCAAGAUACCUGUUUUUUUUUGUUUGUUUUUUGUGUACCUGAAUAAAUCUAAUAACUAAUAUUUAUCUAAUAUCUAAUUAAAAGUUAUUAUUAGAAGUCUAUAUCCUGCUCCUGUCCACCUUCACUAUGUAAGUUCUGUUUAUACCCCUCCGAUCCUCAGGCUAAACGGAUAAAGGAGGAUCUGGCUUCUCUGCCCCCUCUGCAUAUCCCUAAGCUGACACUCCCCAAAGACCGUCAGCGCGAGGAUCCCCUGUCCGGCACUUUGUACCGCAAGACCAGCCAGCUACUCGAUACUUUGCAGCAAAUGAGCGCCAGUACCAAGGUGGUAGACAUCACACACAAGAAGACAAGUAUGUUCUGGUGACCACUAGGUUUGAUUAGAGGGCAGUAAUACUGAUUUAGGUCUGCUCACUUAUUGCUUGUCUUUCAGGGAGUCCAGCAGCCCAGCUAUUCGAGCAGACAGCCCGGCUAAAGUCUCUCAGUGACACAAUUGACAAACUGAAGGUAAAUGCUCUAAGUUGACUCACUUAAAUGAAGGAGGUUUUAUUAUCUGCCAGAUUGGUUGGAACAGUAGAUAGAACAGUAGAUAGUCAGUUUGUGGAAAAUAAAUCCUUUUCAGUGCAACACAUUUCUUAGACCGGCAUUGCUCUCCCAUCCUUCCCAUGUUUACAUUGCAGCUGGGGCCAUGGGUUUGUCUGAAAGAGGAUGGUUAUUCAAUAAUCAUUGUAUCAGGGUAAACAGACCAAGAUAGAACUGUUCAGUAUGCUUUGUGACAUGUCCUCCUGAUAUCUGGAAUAUAUUUUCUGCACAUCGAUAAUCUCUCUCAGCAUAAACAACUCAUUGGUACUUAAUGGCCUUGUAAACAUAAUAAAAUGCACAAGUGAAGACGAUUCCUUUAUGUUCAGUGCUAUUCAUAUUAAAAUACUGUGGAUAGACAUGAUUCAGAAGAGGGAAUAUAUUUCAUUGUGUUAUCGUAAUGUCCAUGAUACAAUCAGUCAGCCAUUGAAUUAGUGUGUGAGCUUGUCCACCAUCGCUAAAGGGAAAUGGUCCAUGAGAAGGAACGAAAAGCAUUUAAUUCUCUGGCUGUAAUGGCUCCACUUUACAACGCAUUAUCUGGCGAUUUAUCCUGCUCUGUAUGUAAAUAUUCUUUUUGUUGGUUGGUGAAGAAGCAAUGCCAUCAUUAUUCCAUGUUUGAGUGAUCAGUCUAUCGAGAUCAUCUCUCAUGCCUGUCCAUUUUGUCCCGCAUGUAGGAUGAAGUUCUAAAGGAGACAGUCUCCCAAUGUACUGGAGCAAAUGUCCCAACACACUUUGCCACGUUUCCUUCCUCUGCCUUCAUUAAGGUGAGAAAUCCGGCUAGAAUAUAUUUCUGUGUGUCUGUAUAUAAUAUAAGCUUUCAAUGUGUAAUCUCUUUAGAAACCUGACUCUAACUACAAAUUUCCCAUGCAUUUAUUCCUCAGGCCAAAGAAGAGAAGAAAGAAGACACAGUUUACAUUGGCAAAGUGGUUCUCCCUUGUCAGCCAGGGCAUGGCGAGCUACACCGGCUUGUGCUGACCCCAGAACAACUAGAAGAUUUGCAUGGCAGAUUGAUCCGUUAAGAGCAUAUUUACAGGCCUUGUUUGGGCUUUGCCUCUCCCUGGCCAAAGAGUUGAUGUAUUGGUCGAAUCGGUGCGAUCUGAAAUAUGAUGCCCACAUAAAGUACAUCUCUCGGUCUUCCAUCCUCGUACUGUCCAUGGAUGCUUAUUUUAUUACUUCCUGUACAUCUCUAUAGCAAUGGCGGGAUUGUUUCUUUUACAACCUGGUCAAGUGAUAAAGGCCAUCUCUCAGUUGAGGUUUGAGUUAACUUACAGGAAUAGCUCUUAAUGGCACUUAAAAUUAUUUAAAAAAAAAAAAAAAAUUAUUAUUCCUGCUCCGUGUUGGUGUAUUAUGGUAUUGUCAGCCUGUAUUGUCAGCAUAACUAAUGUACCGUAACUAUUGAGCAUACAUUCAUCCUCUUCUUCACUCCGCAUUGCUUUGGUUCCCAUCUACAAGAGUCAGUAGAAAUCCUCCGGGCCCAUAUCAUUGUAGUUUUAGAGCGGUAUCUCUCUCCCUGUGAUUCGGUUACAGAUGGAGGUUGAUUGUGUCAUGCUUCAUUAACAGAGGUUAUGAUUUACAAUGUUUUUGAAGUUAGAGGAUUCUGAAUGUUGUUACAAUAUAUUUCUUCACAGUAACUUUGGCUAAAAAAAAAGCCGAUAAGAAUCUUUGUUUAAUUGACACUACAGUUUAUUGCAUAGAAAUACAAUUUGUAACUCAUUAAAAUAGACAUUUACUAUAAUUUUCUUCACUAAAUGAUCAUCCUUUGUAUCCAAAUGAUUGCUCAUCUCUUGCACUUACACACAAAAUGUAAUCUACUCUCCUCUCUCCUUCAGUGAAAACUGCCAGAUAAGGCCAGGUUACUUAAAAUAAAAAUAACCUAAAGUGUCUAGUUCAUGCACCCCAUGUCAUAUUGAACUCCAAGGUGUCCAAGUUUUGUCCCUCUUAUGUGGAAGGCUGAGAGAUGUACUCAUUAAUGGCUUUGAAGCCAUGGCAUGGCAAACUGAGGAGUUAUUGGUUGAACUUAAUGCAUUUUAAUCAUUUGCAUUUUGAAUGAUGAAGGCUAAAUUAUUUCUACUGAAGGUCAUGACACCAGGAUCAACUCCGCUUGUUAACUGAUUGGACAGCCACUAAGCACCCAUUCCCCUCAGUGUCAGCAUGCUUUGUUUUUCUUCUGGCAGACGAAGGGUAUGGGGAUUAUUUAAAGAACCUUGUUGCCUUUUUACUUUUUCUGAGACCUUUUUGUUACUAUCUGCACCUUCUGCUAGCUUGGUUCAUAAAACUCAAACUAUAUGAAACUGCUGUAUUAUGUGUAAGACAAUAAAUGGAACCAAUUGGGUUACCUAUUGCAUCGGUUAUUAAUAAAGCACUAUAUCAUCUUCUUCCUAUCUAAGGAACACCCAAAGUCAUGGCUCUGUGUCACUUUUUGAAAGAAAUCUGUAUUUAUUCUGUAAAAUUGGCAAUCUCUUCACAUCCUAUUAUCAGUGUGUGCUGUUACAUUUAGUAUGGAAGGAAACCCAAAGUCCCUGAGGGGAAAUUAAUUGUUCAAUAAGGCUGGAGAACCGGAAACAUAACUAAUCCAGACAUUACCCAACUACCUCCAACUACAACUUGACCGUCUCCCAUUUAUUUUAACCUGACCAUCCCCAGUUUUCAAAGUUACAUAUUUAAAUUGCUUAGAGUUCUGUUCGAUAUUAUGCAAACGGUCUGCUUUCAUAGCUGUAAACCCUAAUGAAAAAGCAUCUCAGCAUAGGAAUACAGAAACACUUCCUACCAGGCAUCGUCUGUUAUUGGAGAACCGUCUGACAAAACGAUGUUUCCAAAUACUGGCCUUUUGAUCAGGUUGUGACCUUGCUCUAUGGUGUGCUUUUCACCGUAGCGAGUGCUGGAGUGUGCUUAUGUAUGAUACCUUAAAUUUAAAGCACAUUCUGACAUAUACAUCGGAAAUGUUUGUUUAUGGAUUUUGUAUGAUUUUAUACAUCAGUUUAUUCUGCUAUACCUACAGAAGACUGUACUCUAUUCUGAAACCUGUAAUGUGCUCUCAUAGAAUAUGUACAAUAACUUUUUAUUAAAAGGGAC